AUUAUCCAGAUUGUUCUGAGUUAGUUUUGGGAUGAGGUGUGGAGGGAGUGUGUUUCUCACCCUAACCUAUUUUCCCUUUCUCUUCUCUUGUUUCAGGAUCAGAUCGAAGCCCAUCUUAUUAACAGGGUUUGCACAUUUUGGUGGAGUCAGUGCCAACUAUUCCUCAGCAAUGUGAGUAUCACGUAAUUAACUUAUUUAACCUUCCUUCUGUGUUAGCUUUCACUAUGCACCCACUAUGUCAAUGGGUUGGUUUCGACCCGUGUCUUAAAUCAGCUACAAAUGACACUAAAAACAAUUCUCUAUCAUUCAACUUGGUUCUCAUCUCUAGGUUACCUUGUUAGGCUAAAUUAUCCAUGAAAUAUUGCUUGUAAUAUAUUUUUUUGGGCCUCUUGCCUUUUCUUUGUCAGUAUACCCCUUAUACAGACAUCUAUACUGAAUUGAUCUCACGUGUCAUGGCAAAAUAAGCAUUCCCUUAAUCUCACAUAAUUGGGAGAAGAUCUGGCUGUCAGUGUGGUGCCUGACAGUGCUCUUAUGUUUUCAGUUUUUGCUUUAAUUUUUGCUUUUUAAUCUAACCGGGUUGACAGCGACCCUUACAAGACAAGUGCCAGGAUUUCUACCAGAGCAUUUUAUAAUUUAGCAAACUGAAGGGGUCAAAAGAGCGCCAGCAACACUUGUAGUUCAGGAAAACAUCUUUAUCCGACCGUCAUGUUUCGGCUUGUGGCCUUCAUCAGGGUCAUCCUCAAGGCCACAAGCCGAAAUGUGUCAGUCGAAUAAAGCCGUUUUCCUGAACUACAAGUGUUGCUGGUGCUCUUUUGACCUCUUAAAGACCCUUUUUCUCCAAGCACCUUGGAAGUUGGUAAAGUUGUGCCAGAAUUUUUGUCCUCUAUAAUUUAGUAAAUUGAAUUUUUUAAAUUGUGUUGAAAUAGAGGUUCCUGACAAAGUCAAAAAGUCUUAACCCUCACAUACUGUUCGGGUCAAAUUUGACCCGUUUUGACUUUUAUCAGCAUUAAAAAUACCCUAAACAUCAUUCUUUAAGCCUGAAACUUGAUGACUUUUCCUGAAGUGGCCCAAAAUACAUGAAAUUAAUUUAAAAACAUUCAUGUCUAUUUUCGUAAAUGUGCUACACAUUUUCCCCCUAUGGGACUGUUGCGGGUCAAAUUUGACCCACAUCUAUUUUGAUGUAUUUUAGAUCUACCAGUGUGGGACAAGUGACAAGCAGUAAGAACAGUGUUCAAUAUAAAGUUUGUUGUUCAAUGAAUUAUCAAAUUUUAUCAUUAUGACUUUUAUAUUCUUUUAUUUCUUACAUAAUAUGAUAUGACAUUAUCCUGUGUAAUAGAUAUUCUUCUCCAAAAUAUAUAUUUCACCAAAAACAAGUGGUGUUAAAACUUAAAAAAUACUUUUUCCCUGCUCUUUGAUACAGUUAUGAAGGACAAAUCAAAUUUUUUAUAAAAAGGUUUGGGGUGAAACCUUGGUGAAAAUACUUGCUACAUGGGCAAUUCUUGGGCUGGGUCAAUUUUGACUGGGAACAUACUGUGAGGAUACAAGAUUUAAUCAGUAUGUGAGGGUUAAUGCAAAAAAAUAAAAAUAAAAAAAUGUGUUUCUUAUACGCAUUUAAAAACAGAAACAGGUUGGUGCUAACCCUAACACAGGUGGAGGGUAAAAAAAAUGGUCCUGGGUAAAUAGUGAAAACACUAUUCCUCCCUGUAAGAGGGUUAGUCUAUUCAGCAGAGUAGGAAAAUCUCAUUGAGUUUGAUAUUUAGUCUGGGAGUGUGGAAUAUAGAGGAGUAAUUGUUUAGAGAGAUCUAAAGGCUUUUGGAUGUGGAAAAAGGACUUAGUAGGUUUUAAAAUGAACAGUUGUGAGUCCAUGCGGUUCUUUAAAAGCAAUUAGGGAAGAUCCAGUUUUAUAUCACUGGGUUUUGAAUGAGCCGAAAGGGGAAAUGAGGGAAACCUAAUGACCCAUAAAUCUACCGUAACCAAGAUGCGAACAGAUCAAAGCAAGUCAAAUAAAAUCCUGUGAUUUCUGUCUGCACGUGUGGUGGGUUACAAUCACCAAGACAGACUGCAUUAUCCAGCCUUUAAUUACCCUGCAAUCAGGGAAUCUCUACGUCUCAGCGACCCGCCUCCCAGUCAAAGAUAAGAGACGGCAGUAAGUCCUGACACAUUUUCAUUCACCAGCGUUACAUAACUUUCAACCCAGUCAUGUCUUUGAUUAUACCAUAAUGAACUGUGUCUCAGCGGCAGAAUGAAUUAAAAAAAGCUUAUGAAAGUCAUGCCCCUCAGAUUAUUCAGAAUAAUCUCAGACUUUCAUUAUUCUACCUUUGUAGUCUGUUGACUCCUAUAUUGGUGCAGGGAAGACUAAAUGCUGGAGGGCCACAGGCUUUGUGCUCUAUGCUAAUGUAGUCUAUAGUAUAUGCAUCAUUAUGCUUAGCACUGCAUGCUCAAUACAAGCUGGACCUACUAAUCCAGACUGUGUACAAGGAAGGAAGAAGAGGACCGAGGGAAACGAUAGAACAUGGAGGGGUACAAUAAAGGAAUAGUGAGAAUUAACGGAGGAGUGAGGUGAGAGAGAGAAAAGGAGAGAGAGAGAGAGAGAGAGAGAGAAGGGAGGGAAGAGAGGAGGAGAAAAUGAGACAGGCAGUGAAGAAGGGUGAUGUCACCUCUAACAGGCAACCAAUGAGAGUCAGGGAGGGAGAGAGGGAGAGCACGGCUGAAGGAGGGUGUGUUUUUCUAUCACUGCAGCAUCAGCAGAGAGGAGAGAGGCGCACAAUCAAUUUCAUAGAAGAAGAGGAAGAAAAGGCAUAAGUAGAUAAGGAAGAGACGAAAAGGCAAAGGGAGUUGCCAGGAAGAAGGAGCAUCCCUUUGAAGGUAAGAGGAUUUUUUGGGUCUCAAUUCGACAUUUUGUCGUUGGACGGAAAAAGAGCAGCAGAGAGCUGGUGGGCAGAUUAAUUAGUCUGUUAGGUGGAGGUGGCAUGUCAUGGAAUCACACCUUUGCCUCCUCUUCCACCAGCAUGAAAAGAUGAAAACAGUCUGAUGAAGUAACUCAGUGUUUCAGAUCAUUUUAACAGCUUAUCAUGUGCAAUCCUGCUCCUGAUUGGAGCUGAUUUUGAGCUAUUUGAACAGACUUACUUUAAAAGAAUUUUAUAACUGUUUUUUUUUAUUUGGUGGGAGAGUUGGAUUGUGAUCAACUUAAUCAAAUCAAACCUUAAUAAUGUGGUCAAUGUAACUGUCAAAGUUUAAUGUAUUAAUGACCAGGUUUCAUAAAUAACCUGUUGAAAUAGAUUACCCACAGUAAGUGGGUUUUUCUUAAGUCCUUGUUUAUUUUUCUUGUUGAAUGAAAAUAAUGACUUUCCAUUCAACAGUGUCUCGUAUGACAUUAAAUAGAAAUAAACAGUAGUUCACUGAGCCUGAGUCGGAGUCAGAUUACACAUAGAAGUCUAAUGAGUGAUUCGUAUGAUGUACUUUAUUUAUGUUCCUUUAUAACUAUUUACUGUUUAUAUCUAUAUUUUUAUAUAGAUAUAUGUAUUAAUAGUUCCUGUGAUUCAUAAUUUUAUCUAAAUGCUAAUAACACUGCCCAUUCAACAAAUUACAAUACUAAAAUACAUGCACCUGUAGCCCUUCUUCAUUAAUCUCUGCAAAAUGUGAAAAGUAUGUGAUUCAACUAUUCUGCAAUCUUGCUGCUUUGCUAUCCAUAUUUCAUUUUUCUGUAUUGUGAAGCCAAUUACCCCGGCAAAUCCCUUUCUUUAAUAUUCUUUUUUAUUUUCUGCCCAUUCCCCUCCCCCAGCUAAUAGAGGCUAAUAGCUGCGUGGCUUAAUGUGAAGUACUGCCAAUGAUUGCAUGGGCAUGUGCUGCAUUGAUUUUCAUUGGGGUGGAGGAUGAAGCUCAGCUGUUUGGUGAACAGCACAGCGGAGCAGACUACAACAAUUUUCUAGUCUACAAAUCCUAUAUCCUGCAGCUGCAGUGAGUCUCUUUAGUGAGGGCAAUGACAAAACUGAGUAACCUGAAGCUUCCAGCUCGGUUUAAAAACAGCACAGGAAUUAAAAAAAGAGCGGAAAGAGGAAGGGAGACAGAGAGAUUUAGAUAUCAACAGGAGAUAGAGACAGAGAAAGAUAUCUAUACUGAAAGAGAUGUCAAGGGAGGUGAAAACAAGGGUGGGGCCGUGCUCGCAGCAGACUGUGGAGGUGUGCUUCUGAAAAGGAGAGUCUCACCUGGCUCUGUGCCAUACAGCUGCCUUCUGUCAUCCUCUGUGGCCUGUUAUACAUCUGUUGUACCCAGUGGCAGAAAAUGAUGGUUUUCCACCAGUUGUGUUAAGGAUGUAUUUCUGUUUCGCCAAAGGGAGCAGCUAAAGGCUAUGAGUAUGUUUUUCCUCUAGGUUGUUUGUGCAUGACUUGUGUAUUGUUGGUAGAUUUCUUUCUGCAUCCUCUCACACCAUGACCAGAUUCAACAAAAUAUAAACUAAGAAAUGUACGAUUAUGAAAAUCUUUCCAUUUUUAUGCAUCUUGUGGGUUCAUGUGUGUUUUGGUAGCGGACUGAACCGACUCUCUCAGUAGCCAGCAGCCUGUCCCAGAUGAACCCUGUCUGGGGGGUGGGGGGUGCACAUGACAAUGACUGGUUUCCAUCUGUACAACAUCCAUAAACACACUGCACUGCACACAUUUACACAAUAGAUCAAGAUACAGCUGCUGCUGAAGUGAGGGGGCCUGUUGGAGUGAGCGAGGAUGUGAAUGAAUCUGUGUGUAUGUGUGCACAUGAGCAGCCUCUCCAUGGCAGCAAUGCUCUUGAGACCUACUGCUGGUCACAUUAUCAUACUAUUUAAUGCAGCGGGGCUUGUGUGGAUCUCAAGACAGUGUUUCUGUUUGUGCUUGUGUAGCACAGAGGUUGUUGCUGGAGCUAGUAGACUUGGCCGCUAUGAUUACCUUUGCUACAGUAUGGUGCAGAGUGAAACCUCCCCUCUGACGCUGGCUGCUUAAUUGAGCUGUUCCAUCAAAGAGAUGGAUGGAGAGAAGGGCUGAGAGGAAAGAAAUGGCAGUGAAAAGAGAGAGAGAGAAAAGGCAGGGGUGGAUGGUGUAAGCAACAUAAAAUGAUAAAGAGAGGGGGUAGAAGGACUUCUCUUUGAAAAGGAAAAACACUUGGCUUCCUUUCAUUGCUAUAGGUAUUCAAGAAAAUGGUGAGAGAGAAGAAAGGAUCAACCAGGAUAUAGAAAAGGCCAAGGUCAUGAAGGAGGAUGGGCUCUGGCUAAUGAAAGAGCCACAGAAAUGAAAGGAGCCAUGGGUAAAAAGAAAGGCUCUCCUGACAUUCUACUUCGAGAUAAUGAAAAUGAAGGUCUUAGAAUAUUAUUUAGGAAAAGCGCUGCAGUAUGCCCACAUAUCUUUGCUGGCCUUUUGCCAAAUGCCUUAAGUGCUGCGGUUGAAGUAGAGAGCUGGUGUUGUGUAGGAGGAGAGGAAUGAUCUACUCUCAAUCUGCCAGUUAGGCGGAGCAACUCCAGGGAAGAGCAGCGCUGCACCGGCCCUUUGCUUCUCAGCAACCUGUUAUAGCCUUGGGGCACCUAAGCCUGUCAUCCUGCUUACCAAACUCUGAUACAUCAACACUCAUUCACAUCACCGCAUCUAUAUCGGCACUACUUAUGCAAGACAAAACCAUUCUACAAAUACACAGCACAAAAAACCUGUUGCAGUGCACCACAUUAAAGAUUCUCGAAUAUUGCCUUACUGGCCUGAUCACUUUAGCAUCUGCUGCUGAUCAAAGAGCCCGCACGCCAGAUUGUAGGGUUUCAGCUGUGAAAGCAGCGACAGGGCAAAAUAAGGGUUAAGCAAGAGAGCAAUCUUAGAUACUGAAGUGUCAACUGUGACUUUCAUCUCCGGUUUCUGUUCAUCCUCCUUUGAGAAUGAAAAAAUGUUAAGUUACAAAAUCACAAACACGGAUCCAAAGGCUUCUGGGAACUCCCUGGAGUUAUCCUCCAGAGUCUGUGUGUGUCUCUGUGUCUGUGUGUGUGUGUGUCUGUGUGUUUUCUUUGAUGGUUUGCACAUGUGAGCACACAGUUGCAUGUGCACAUUCAGGAUGCUGUUAGUACAGUGAGUUCCCCCCCAACACACUCUCUCUUACACACUCACACACAUGCACACACACACACAGACACACACAAACCCUCCCCAGUUGCAGCUUGGAGGCUGUUUGAUUUAGACUACACAGAUGGGAGUCGGCCCACUGGGUGUCAAGUGGGGGAUCGUGUAGACAUGCUGUCAGGGUUUGGUGGGGAAUACAUUGAGGUGAUUUAGGGGAGCUAAGGGUCAGAUGUAUUGACAGGCCAGCAACGGGCAAAUGAUUAUGGAGAAUCCAGCAAGAAGAAGAUGGUGAAAUUUGCAAAGGUGAAUGAGUCAGGCAGAGAGGAAAAUUUAAAGAUGGAAAGGACUGAUUUAAAAGGCAGCAGGACAGUGUGGAGAUGGUGGAAGGAUAAAAGCUGUUAAGGAAGAUGAGACAAAGCUGGAAAAGGAUUGUCAUGGCGAUUUCUCUGAUCCACCUUGUUCCAGUUAUCAUAUCAGAGUCCCGUUCUUUCCUCUUAGCAAACCUUUCAACCUCUGUAAUCUUUUUUUCUUUGACUGGAUAUCCAUCUCCAUCCUUCUCCCUACCCUACCUGCCGCACACUCCUGCGGUUUCACUUGUCAUAUCAGUAUUCAUGCGGUGGUGGAUGGAGAAGCCCACAUUCGGGUCUUAAUCAAAAUAAUGACUGUGGCUCCUAUUGGCCUUCCCAGAAAGCAAGAGGCUUCGAGACAAAGGCUUGUAAAUCCUCCCCUAUUAUACAAUUGAACCUGUGAUGGAGACUUAGGCACAAAUAGAGGUGUCAUGUAUAGAAAUGAAUUUAAUUUCGUAAAGUGAAUUACCUGAUUAAAGCUCUCAGAAGUGGUGGUAUGAGAGAGGAGAAAUCGUAAGAUCCCCCCUGGGAAACAAAUAUGAUAUUGGCAGAUAAAAUUACAAAGCUGGAACCCCAUCGCGAAUUUUAUUUGAAACCUGGAGAGAAAUUAAUUACUGCCAAACCAAUAAUGAAAUUGAAGGCCCCGGUUAUUGUUAAAAUAUAUUUCGAAACCAGAAAAUAUAUAUUAAAUGACACUUUUAUCAUUUUGUUAUCAAUAUGGGGCCAAAAAAAUCCAAUUUUAUGAAUUUAAUCUCUUCAGAGGACACAAUUUAGAAUAAAGAAUCAGGCUUGAAAGAAGUGGCAAUAAAGCUAAGAUUGAAUAUGAAUAAGGGAGACAGAGAACUCAUGUCUGAACUCUGUCGCUUCUUUAUGCAGUCCUUAUCCUUUGACUGUUUUCUGGCAAAAUGAUGUCUUUGUCUUAGCGAAACAGAGAAUUCCCCUCCGUGUCGCUCCAUCCGGACUACAUUCAUCUUUAUCAAAGAGGCCUCUUAUUCCACAUCAGUGGCUAUUAUUGGACUAAACUGACCUUCUGUGUGCAUCUAUGUACUGUUCUGUUGAUUGUCACAGAAGAUGCUCUGUGGAUUUUUGUGUGUGUGUGUGUCUGUUUUAUCAUGAACAGUGUUCAGUCUGAGAUCUUGCCAUGAAAGAAUUAACUGUACAUCACAGAGGCUGCUAGUGUUGGUUUACUGGUUGUUGUUUAUGAAAAAUAAUGACAAGUGUCUGAUGGUGACGUAGGUUAAUCCCAGUACUUAUGUACUUGUUAUACUGAUUUUCAAUUGAUAAAAUUAAAACACAUUUUAAUGUGAAGUUAUUUUAUUUUGCGUAGUAAAAAGAAUUCAAAGAUUGUUGUUUUUAAUAAAGUGGCUUUGGAUUAAUUUUAUAUCUUAUUUCUUAUCCUUCAGGGGCUGAUAUCCCAGUGGUCUAAGCACCCCAUGUUGUAGAAAACAAUUUAUGGUAUGCAGCAAAAUAAUGCACAGGAGACAGGAUGAGCUCUAAAGAGCAGCCUGGGCGUCUUUAUUGUACAGAUGUAGAAAUCAGUACAGAUGACAAACAAAGUCUUGACCAAACCAGGAAAGAGGAGCCCCAGGUUUCCCUCUCUCUCACUUUUAUGCUACUGGGUGUGUGUCUGAACUAGUAGCACGACAGAAGUGCACCUCUCAUAUGUGAAUUGCAUUGUGUUACAACUUUGUGACUCUAAUGUGUGUGUGUGUGUGUGUGUGUGUGUGUGUGUGUGUGUGUGUGUGUGUGUGUGUGUGUGUGUGUGUGUGUGUGUGUGUGUGCAUGAGUCCUCUAGAUGUGUGUGUAAGUGCUAGCUUUUCCCGGCAAGAUACCUGACCUCUGGGAGAGACCUCAAGGACAUGAGUGUGUUGAAAUUUAUCAUUUGUUUGGAUUGUUCUUAGAAAUUGGCCUUUAUUUGUUCUGGCAGACCAGAAUAAGUUUUGGUUCUUGCGUAACUGCCUUGCUUGUGCAACCUUCCAGUUGUGAGGCCACAACAGGAGGUCAACCCAGCUUAUUAAAUAAACCCUUCAUAAAAUACAAUUACUAUAUAUUGCUUUACAUUAAUGCAUGGAGACAUUCUAUUCCACCCACGUAAAGAGGCUGUAGUCCUCACUGCAGUGGUCUCUGGUUCAAAUCCUGGCCAUGACUCAUUGCUGCAAGCCUUUCCCCACUCUCUGCUCCCUGCUUUUUCUUUCUCUCAACUAUAUAACUUUAAGAGUGUCCCAUGGUUUCACCUGUACCAUACUAAAAUGCAUUAGUACGAUCAACCUAUAGCUGUAGUUUAGGUUGUGAUAUUUUGUAGUUUGCUUGUUGAACUAUCAGCUAACAGUGAGCCUACAGUAUCAACCCUUUAGUGGUUAUAACCUAAAAUACUUGACAUAGCUAUGUAGAGUAUUUUUUCAUUGGUCUUUCAGCAGCAAAUAAAACGACCUUUAAUUCAAACACACUAAAUUUGAAUGAUUUUGUCAUGUAAGGUAACAAUGUCUAAGCCUGAAUUUGUUCAGUUGCCGAUGGCCGAAUUUGCUUCUUUUGUUGCUUUUAAGGAUUUUUUUAAGUGAAUAUUGAAUAUAUAUAGUUUGAUGUGAUUUAAUAUUCUCCCCAGUUUCUCAUUUGUGACUCUUUAGAGACCUGUGUGUUCUUGCACCAGUUUGGCUUUGGUCUACAUGCACAGACCCAGUAUAGUAAUAGAACAAGACAGCAUUGGUUUACUAAUUUAUUGAUUUGUUGCUGCAUUUUUAAUGAAACUUGGAGACAUGAUGUAUCGUGGUUCUGUCAGUUUCUUCAGCACUGUUGCUUUGCUUUAGGUUACAUCAUGCGGUUCUGGCUAAGCCUUAAAGAGGGCUUUUUUACUGCUGCUGGAAUUUACUCUUUUCAUGUCAGUUUCCCCUCGACAGUGCUGCUCAAUGUCCUUGGCAUGACUUUCAUCUUAUCCCAUUUUUCUUCUUCUAAUACUUACCCCAGUGAAAAACUCUUCACUCCUCCAUUUAUUCUGUAGAUAGACUGUCAAAUGAAAACCAGUUUCCAACCAGCAUUUACACCGUGAUUGUAUCUAAAUCAAAAGUAGACUGUGCGCGAAAGCUUUCAGUCAAUGUUGGACCAAGGUUCAUAAAGCUGUCUUGACUGACAUUUAUUCCACAUUUUGGCAAUGAAACAUCAAACCUGUCAAGCUGACACAUUUCUGUUUAUUGCUGGGAAGCUUAGACUGGAUUGCAACACUGAGGCUAUGCAGGAGCAUAUUCAGUCAUGAAAGCAAACCCAGGAGACUGCUGGUCGAUAGUAUGAUCUCUUGAAGUUCAGCGUUCAGUUUGUUUGCUUCAGUUGAGGAAAGAGGCAAGAGAGAAAACAGACUGUGUUUUGGGGAGAAUCAGAGAAAGAACACUGUAUAAAAUCUGACUGCUUCACAUAUGCUGAGUGAAACACAUUUGUUUCUUAAAAGAAGAAGUAGACCGAAAAUUUACUGAUACCGAAAUUUACGACAAUAACUGACAUCAUUUUGCCCAUGUCAAUAUAUUGGUGUCAAAAAAAUAAAUAAAAGUUGGUUUUGGAUGUGUGUAGGAAGGCUAUGGUCUCAUGUCCCUUUAAGACACUAUCCUACAUCAUGACUCCACCCCAUUCAGUCCGUAACAAAGAGGGAAAGACAGGUGAGGAGAUGGAGGAUGGUUCAAAAGUUGUAGCAGCUGAAGUAGACAAAUUUAAUGUUGGAGGGAGAGAGCAGCUUGUGGAGUAGUUAUUGUCCAUUUAUCGUUAUCGAGCUGAACUGAUCAAUAUAUUGUGAUCUUGAAUUUAGGCCAUAUCGCCCAGCCCUACUUUGUGGUUUGAUUGUGUCCUUUGAAGGCUUAUUUGUUUGGAGAGUUUACAUUGAAGUUCAUUGAUUUUGUUGUUUUUCCCUUCAACCAAACCUCAUUUGAAUGAACUAUAACUGAAAUAAAUGGGGCAUGAAAGACACUCGAGCAGACGCAGCAUCCUCGAGUACUGCAGGUGAUGUAAGUAAACAGUCUGCCUGCAUUUGUCUCGUCUGCAUAUCUGUGUGAUGUUGUGACUAUGUUUUCUCUCAGGCACAUUAUCUGCUGUGUCAGCCAUGAUAUAUUCAUUAGGGUUGGAUUACAGAGAGUAGGAGGAGAUCAGGUUUUUGAGUGGGUUGUAAUCCCCAUACACUGGCCUAAUUUAAUCUCACCUACUGUGCCAUCCUAUUACACACUACACCCACCACAUGCAUGCAGGCACUGGCUGUAGGAGAGCGGAGUUAGGGUGGGGAGGGGAGGGGUUAAAACAGGCUAACACCAGACAAGAGGCAUGGGAACAAAGAGGGGAUGUUGAAGAAAAGAGUCACUGAGAGGAAAAUUGAUUAUGGACAGUGAGAUAGAGAAUCUGAAAGAAAUGUCAAGGAUUAAAGAAAUGUCAGAGACAAAAGUGCCGACAGGAUUUAGAGAAAGCUGCUCUCGAAAUUUGUUUACAUGAGCAUCACAAGUCAUGAAAGUAAUUACAUUAUCUAACCACAGGAAAGAUGAAGACAAAACAUUAAAAAAACCUAAAUCAAUGUUGCUUCCAUGUAACUUGGCCGUACAUGUGGGGAUAUAACUCACUCAUUUGUUGCAUCUCAUUUUAAAGCCGUCUUGUGAUUUCUUUCAUUAUUACCUGAAUUAAGAAACUAAAACUGUUUCUGUUUGAGAACUGUCUCUCUUCAGCCUGGUGUAUUUUAGGAUGACUCCCUAUCUCAUUAUAAUUCUUUGGCCAAGUUGCAAAUAAUUUGCAUGUCAAGGAGACUUUGCGAAGAGAAGUUACUAACUUAUUCUGUGUUUUUUUUUCUCACUAUUUAUGAUGACCCACAUCCUUCCCUCCUUAUCUGUUUAUAGCCUUAAGGAAUAAGGCCACGGUAGCCCGUUACACAAUCUCCUCUUAAACUGGGUGGAUGUCUGUGAAUUUGUUCUUGUUAGCCUCUCUUUAAUGCAGACUGUGUGUUCUUUAACAGGUUGGUGUUGAAGUUGUUUGAGUUUGCUCUCUAAAUUGAUCAGAGGUAAUUGGGCAUGGCACUACGGAGAGAGUCUCUCACAGUUCCCGUGCUGCAAUAAUGAGACUCUAUAUUUAGCUAUAAGAUGUCUGUUUACCUCAGCCAUCACGCUCUGCUGCACAGGGGGGGGGGGGAGAAAUUGAGCAAGGGUAUUUAUGUGGCAAAACUUUCAGGGCACAGUAUUGUGUGGGCCUUUUAGUAAAUCAUUUGUUGAAACCCGUGCUGAGGAGAGGACUGACAGAUGUGUCAGGAAGUGAUAAGGAGACACAGGGUGAGGCUUCUUGUUAAUACGAAGAAAAGAUAAGAGACCCAAUCCCCUGAGAAAACACAGGAGCAACACGGAGGGAAAAUAGAUUUAUUCAGGGGUGCGGAUGUCACACGGGAGAAGGAGGGGGAUGAAUAGAGAAAAGACAAAAAGCAGAAAUCACACCACAUGGAGAUAACGACAGAGACUGCAGGAAGCAAACAGAGGGCCUGGACAGUUUUAACAAGAUUAAGGAGAUAAUUGUACACAGCAGCAGCAAAGACCUCAUUCUCCACCUCAGACUGGCACAGAUGGGUGUGGCCGAGGAAGCAGGAGAGAAAGUGAAACACAGGAGGAGGGAGAAAGUACUCUUUUAAAGUCCCUCUCUGAUCGCUUUUUUUUUUUUUUGUCUUUUCAUGAUGAAAGUUAAUAUCAUUAUUAUCUCUCUUGCGAGCAUCGCAAUCCAUUAACACACACGUUUGUUCCACAAUCGUCUUAUCUAUCUAUCUAUCUAUCUAUCUAUCUAUCUAUCUAUCUAUCUAUCUAUCUAUCUAUCUAUCUAUCUAUCUAUCUAUCUAUCUAUCUAAUUAUCUACCUACCUACCCACUCACCCAUCCAUCCAUCCAUCCAUCCAUCCAUCCAAUCUUGUUUACCAAGUGUGGCCUGCAUAGCGGGGCUCCAGGGGUGGAGCUUGGAUUUGCUACAUAGGAAAUCUCACUCAGUGCGUUUACAUGCACAGCUUAAAUGGACUAAGCUCAUAAAUCGUUUUUUUCUCCGUGUCAGACUUCUCUCCUUGUGUGCGUAUACACGCAGCUGAGAAAAUUGAAUUAUUGACGUGAACGUGUCCUCCUCCCCAAAACUAGGAGGCGAUAUGGGUCUUUUUAGCGGCGCUGUUUCCGACCCCAUACAACUGUCAAAACAGCAGCAGGUCCGUGCCAGACGUCAGAAGUGGCUACAACUACUGCUGGGCAUCAUACAGCGUUGUUUUUGUCAUACAUGAUUUACGUACUACUUUUUCUGCAGAUGAGAUUCACGCUACUCCUCUUCUCUGGUGCUUUUGUUCUAGGGUUACAGGGGAAUGGCGCACACUCACAUGCAUUGUCUGAUCAUACUCAAACUACACUGCUUACAUGGUAGAGACAAUCGAAUUCCAAACGCAUUAUCUGGGUGUCUUAAUCGGAGUUCUCAAAAUCUGAUUAUAGUCGGACUAAGGUGUUUACAUGCAUUUCAGUUGUCUGGUCUUAAUCGGAGUAAGGCAAUAAUUCAGUUUUCUCAAGUGUUAUGUAAAUGUACUGAUUGUGUCUGAGCCUGUCUUAUGGGUCUGCUAGAGAUUCACACCGAUUCGAAUGAAGAAAUACUCAGAAAUGCAAUUUCACACUUAGUUUUCCUUAUGAUAUGUCCUGUAGCAUCAGAAAAAUGCCGUAUGAACAUGUAGAGAACAAGAAAAACAUGAUUUUCAUCAGAGUGGGUCUUUAAUGAUAUUGAAUGAAUAUAAGUGUGAUUCAUCUCAGGGCGGCUCACGGGAAGUGUUAGAGUGUGGAAGUUAAGCUGAGAGGGGAGAGGAAAGAUGAGGAGAGAAAGACAGGAGGGUAAAGGACAGAGAUCCUGUAGCGACUGAAAUGUCAGUGUGUGCAGGGGCAGAUGCACGCCUGCCAAGCUCACACAUGCAGCUCACCUGGGUCUUUGCUGGGUGUGUGCUUUAUCAGUCUGUGACACUUUUUAAAUAAAACAAACACAGCUCCAAACAUAUGAAGUUGAGUUCGAGUUAUAAAUAGUCUGACUGCCCACAGACCAAAAUGACAGGAUGAUAUAAGGUGUGAUGUCUUCAUACUGAGUAGGUGUCACAUAUCAUCAAUCUUUAUACAGACUCAUAACUCCCAUUUUCUCUCCUUCUCGCUCAAUCCUUCCAUCUCUUCACUUUUCCCUGUGACCAUCUGCCCCUAGCAGUCCAGACACUCUCUCUGUUUUGUUGUGUCAGUGCUGAACGCUGUUUUCACCAGCCUGCAUUUGAGACAGGGCACAAACAAUCCAUCAGUAAAUGUUAGCGACAGGACUGGUACUAGCUGUGUGGCUGUGAUAUGGACUUUUUUCUCUACUGCUUUUACCCCUCUGGUCUUCCUGCGGGGACCCGUCUGCCUCCACGCGUGUCAGAAGAAGCUGGUUUCUGCUUUCAGUUCAAAUCACGUAAAAGUGUCUGAGAUGCUGGGAAAUAUUGUCAUGCAAAAGCUGUGUUUGUUCAGCUCGAGCUCACUGCCAGGAGUUGCUGACAUGCUGUGUGGGUGUCCUAAAUAAAAACCAGUAUGAUCAGCAUGUUUUAAGCCACACUAUCAUGGGAUUGGGUUGAUUUAGAUAUUUAUUUUAGCUAUGGCAGGAGUGUAAGAGUACCAGGAUUUUGCUGUUGUUCUAUUUUCUCCUUGUGAGGCUGAGUAUUGGUGUGUUUUGUAGCUCACAUAUGAAAGUGUGGGAGGAUAAACAACAGUAUCCACUUCUUGCCCCCAAGCCUCUUUGUAAUGUGUGUCUACAGUAUGGAUGUGGCGUGUCAGUUCUUGUUGGUUUAAACUCUGUAUGAAAAGCUCAUCAACUGGUUGUUUAGCCACAGGGAAAGGUCACCUAAGCUUCCACUACAUCCCCAUGGCCCUUCUCUGUGCUUCGAUCUGUUUUUCUCUUCCAGUUUCCUCUCGCUUGAAUUGUUGUGAAAUCCUUUCUGUCAUCUCUCAUAAGUGAAGCAAAACUGGAAGAAAAGGAGAUCUGAGAGAGUGGAGUGAAGUUAUGGCCACAGCUGGGGCUACUAUGUGGAGGGCAAAAGCCCUGAAGGGAGUGGACUGGAGAAAAAAAACAGAUGAUGGAAGAGAAGAGCAUUAUUUAUAGAGAGCAGAUAAAACAGCUUCUUUUUGCUUAUUCACUGUCUGUCUCCUGGAAUAGAUAAUAUAGCCCAAGAUAUAUUUGCCACCUCUUUUAACAGCCUGAUGGGAAAUGACGCACACACAGACUCACAGCCAGACAGAUGCAAACACAGGCGGGACGAACAGGUUGUCUGCGUACUUUCUUUCAUUUCGCACCCUGCCUGAAAAUUGCUUUGAGUUCCGGAAAAUGUCACGUCCUUGAUCUGCCUGCACCACUACACACUGGUGCGUGGACGGGGCCGUGUAGAGACGAACAGGGAGAGGGGGGGGGGGGAUUUGCAGGGAUGGGGGUCUACAGCUGAGACAGGGCUGCGCGCCUAAGAUAACGCCGCAGCCUUUGAUGGAGCCUGGCCCUCCUCUGUUGGAGAGCACAAGCUGCUCCGCCUCAAAUAGAUCUCCACUGCGGACUCUAUUGGUAAUGAUUGGAUUUAGUUACGGAGCAGAAAUGGUUUGCCGAUGAUAAUGAUAACAGAUGCGAUGGGAGUUAGUCAGCCACUUUGGGUCGAGGGAUUGUAUCGAUGCACUGCCAGACUGCAAAUUUCCCCUUGAACUGGAAGGUCUCUCUCUCUCUCUCAAGCUAGAUAAAAGUUGAUGGCAGGGUUUGAUAGAAUGCUACCUGUAAUUGUGUUGUGUAUGAUCUUGAUUUGGUGGAUUUAAUGAAGAUGUUGUCAGGUUCAAGUGGACAUAUUUAACAAACUCGGAGGAUUCAGGAACACAGAAGAGACCAAAAGACUUUUUACUUGCAAGGAGAGAACGGCUGAGGAGAACCUCUCGAGUCCUCGAUCAGUCCCUCUCUGCCAGUUCCUCUCCAACAGCACUCUUUUAUUUCAUGAUUAUGCAUAGUCAUCCAUAUCUGCUACCUCAGCAACGGUCACUUUUGCAAUACUUUCGGUUGACCUUUACAAAGAGGAACAUGAUUAUUUUUGUAAUUCUUUGCAUAUGUAUGGCAUUAUUUUUAAGGAACAUAUGUGUUUUCACUUCUUUGCACAACACAUGGUACAGGGUUCAACACUUUCAUAUCCCCUUCUGCAGAGCUAAAAGGUUAAGAGUUUAAGAUCAUUCUUCAACGACUCAAAUCAUACUGAAAUCCAUCUGAAAGGAUUAAAUCACAUUGUAAUCAAUCUAAAAGAAUUAAAUCACAUAUCAAUCAUAUAAAAUCAUCUAAAGCAUGAUAACUUUUUUUUAUAGGUUUUUCCAUCAAUGUAGUGCCGUGCAGUUUGAAGACAGCACUCUGUAGGCAACUUUCUAUAAGGCAGGUGAAGUACGUAUAGGAGGUAAGGGUGGGGUAAAGGAGUUCAGGGAGGAAAAAAAGGGGAAGUAUCAUUCAGAUAUAAAGAGUGAGAGGCAAUCAGCAGGGAGCAGAGAACAGAGAAGUGAAGUGAAAGAGAUGGAGGAGUGCAAAUAACAGACUUUCUACAAAGAUGACAGUCAGAGAGGGGGGGAUCUUUCAAGUGUUGGUAGCAUGUAGACAGAAAGAGGGAACUGGAGAGUGCCGGAGAUGGAGAGAGAGCAAGAGAUGGGGACUCAGGAGACAGGAGAUGAAGGUAAAGACUAUAAAGUUCAGAUAGAUGAGAGUGAGCGAGAAGAGAGAGGGAGAGAGUAUAGGGGGAUGGGGUGAGGAGGAUGAACAUGUAGCAGGGGGAGGGGAGGGAAAUAUUUUCUGUGUGCAGCUGAGCUGGAGUCAGGAGGUUGUCAUGGUGAUAGCAGGGUGAGAAAAGAAAUGGGAGGCAGGGGUAUUGACACCUAGGCCCAGAGACUGUGUGGACAUUUGUGCUCACACACAAACAAACAGAAACAAAUUAAAACACACACACACACUCACACACAAACACACAUGACUCACAAAAUGAAUCAUGCGGGAUGAUACUGACCGGUCGCAUCCUCAGUAAACACACACCCACACCUUUAAACACAAACAACACAAACGGGUAGAGCAUGACAAUAAACCUAAACUAUACAUGAAAUCCAGUGGCUAUACCCUCAUGCAAACUCUGUUUCCCACGUCUCCCUGCUUUCGAUUAUUCCCCCUCCGAUUUGAAUAGCAGGCAAAUUCCUGUAAACUGACUUGUUCUUGUCAGACAUUUACCUAAACCAACCCCUGCUGUCUGCUUCUACAUGUCUGUAUGUGCGUAUUUGGGUGUGCAGACUUCAGCAGCGAGUGUGUGUGUUUUCACAUAUCUGACUAUUGCUGUUUUUUCCUGUGUGUGUCGAUGACAGGGAGAUGAAAGCAGCAGAAACAAGAAGCUGAGGUAGAGACAAGCAGCAGCGCUAGCGGGGUAUAUUUUCCUGAGCCUGUGCAAACACUUACGUAACAGAUAUUUCUUUUUAUUAUUGAUUUAAAAAAACAUAUACCAACUGCAGGGAAUAAAAACGCAUCAUAAGAGUGCAGUCCUGGUGAAGAGAUUUUAAACACACCACUUCUUCAUCACCAAAAGCUUUUUUGUUCAUUUCUUUGACCUAUAAAUAGAGUUUUUAACCGAAGGCUGUCUGAGAUAAAGGUGAGUAUUUUUACUGUUCAACCAAUUUAAUUUAACUGAAAUAUUUCUGAUGUGAGAUCUUCAAGUUGUUGAGAUGAAUCUUGAACAGUUUCCUGUCAUCCUUGUUUGGUGAGAGAAUAAAAAGCAUUAAAAAUGAUUCAACAAAGUGCUGCUCAGCAGGAAGGAAAAAAGAUUUACAUAUUGUGCAAGAAAUAAAUCAAUCACAUUACUUAUUCAAGCACUUGUAAAAUAUGCGGUUAUUGCUCUGAAGCUUAUGGGUCUGUGAUCAUGUCCUUUUAUUCAUCGAGAUCUUAGAGGGAUACAACAUCCUGCUCUUCUCUCCCUACUCAUUUCUUUUUGUCCAUACACCACGCUUAAUCUUUCCAUUCUGUUCCGACUUGAUAGGCAUUUCCUAACCGUUGAGGCCAGUGUUUCUCCUUGUUCAUCCCCUGAAGACCUUGGAUUUGAUUAAAUGAGGAGCACUUAAAGAGAUGUGCUGCCUCUGCAACUUUUUUAACAAAGUUAAUAGGAUUGCAAAGAAGCUGUUGUUUGCUCUGGUUAAUGGUUUAAGGGAUGUGCAUCUCUGAGUUUGGUGAGAUGUUUUGAUGAGCUUCUCUCUUUUGCAUCUUAACAGUUAACUUUCAACACCUGGUUGGUUGUGCAAGAACUCCCUGGUUUCCCUAUGUUGUUUCACAGGCAGUUGUUUAUAUUUACCUCUGCCAAGGAGGUUAUGUUUUCGGUAGCGUUGUUUUUUUUGUUUGUUUGUCUGUUAACAACUUUACGGAGAAAGUUACCAAUGGAUUGACCUGAAAUUUUCACCAGAGGUGCGUCUCAGCCCCAGGAAGAUCCCAUUACAUUUUGGUGGUGAUCCGGAUCACCUUCUGGAUCCAGGAAUUUUUUGAAGGAUUCUUUAUCAUUGUGAGAUAGGGCAAAUUUGGGAAUUUUUGCAUUUAACUCUAUAAAAAUGGCCAGAGUCUUUAGUAAAAAAUUACACAAAAGGAUCUCAAUGAGUUUUAUGAGGUGUCAAAGGUUGAUCCUGAUCCAGACAAAAUUCCGGAUACUGUGAUCCGGAACACACAAAAAUAAGGGUGUCGUUGGAAUUUUCAAUGCUGAAAGAUAACCAAUGGGCGGCACAGUGGUGUAGUGGUUAGCACUGUCGCCUUAUAGCCAGAAGGUCCUGGGUUUGAAUCCGGGUCAGGGCAUUUCUUGUUUUAGGAACAUAAUGAACAGUGAACAUACCAGUUUAAACACAAAUAAAAGUUAAUAAAAGACAUGUAACAGUAAAAGUUUUGGUGUGAAUCACAAUAUAAGGGGGGACAUGAGCUGCUUGGUGGAGGUCUACGCUCUCCGAGUGCUUUUCUAGUUCUCUUCUGCAUUGCUGUAAUUGAUGAAAACUGUUUGCUAUUACAAUCCACGCAAGGUAGUGAUUUGUCAGUUGCGAACGAAUCUGUUCCAAGAACCGACUCUUUAACAUGAAUAAUGGGAGCCAGCUCCCCUCUGUGAGCCAUUUUUUCUCUCUCUUUUUCUCCCACAGACUGUAAAAAAAAAAACAAACAAAAAAAAAACUACAAGGCAGAAUGACAGGAUGUCUAUCCGCUUUGUGUAGCAGAGUGGUUCUACAAAUAAGUCAGUGCAUUCAUUGGGUGGUUUCAGAGCGUUUCAAGGGUCUGUAAAUGCAUUGAAAACAUUUGACUACAGCAAUUUACUGAUAUUAAAAAAUGUCAUUUUUACUUGUGAAUACUUCAGUAAAAAGGAUGUAUUGAAUUAUUUAAGAGGUAUAUGUGCACAUACGUACAUAUCAUAAACCAAACAACACUAAAUUUGGAUAAAUUAGAGAAUGUAUAAAUAGUAAAAUGAAGAGCUGUUUGGGAACCGAAAGAGACGGCUCUUCAUUGUUGAGCUGAGCCGAAUGAUCUGGCUCACUAAAAAGAGCUGUAAUUCCCAUCACUAAAGCAAGGGUGCAAGUGUGCCUGAUGUAUGUUUUAAUUUAUGGACUGUGUUUUCAUGUGUGACGCUUUCAGGACUUGACAAAUUCAGUGUUAGGCUGCCAAAUGCGAGCAACUUUCCCACAGUCGUUAUGCCGCCGGGGUUCUUCCACGUUAGCAAAGCACUAUGCGUGACCUUGCCCUGCCAGCAGCUCAUUUCCCUGAAGUGGUGAAAAAGACAGGAUUACAUCCAUCCUAAGGAGACCUUGACAAAUGUUUCUGACAAAGUAACUCUGAGCAAGCAGCUGUCUAUGGGGAGGCUUAAAGCCAGAAAUACCUUUUUAAAAACACCAUUAAAACAAUGUACCUGUGGUUAAAGCUCUUGAGAAACAAGGAGCUAAAUCUCCUUAAAUCAAGACUCAUAGUUUCAGGUUUAUCAAGUAUGAUUUUCAUGCUUUUUCAGCAUAAGAGCUGUCUCUUCACAUUAAGUUUUUGUGUAUUACCUGUUGUGAUGGAGGUCUAAGGUCACACAUACUCCCUUCUCUUCUGGGUGUGGCGUGCUGAUCCUCCCAAGGUAGACAGCCAGUGUCCUUGCGUGUCACAAGAGCUUCGAGCUGCUGUGUCCUCCAGCGCUAUAUGGGCCACUUAUCACCUGACCCAUGGGACCACUCCUCCUUUUUCUCUCUGUCUGCUGAAUGACUGAGUGCACAGCCCCCCCCUCAGACAUCACUACCUGCAAGAGCCAACACAAACAAACCACUGCCAGUACUCUUCACUUUAAGCAGUCCAGACACAUACACAUACACAUACACAUACACUUAAAUGUGCACAUAUGCUCCCUUUCCGUCACACUUGUCAGAUUACCUUAACAUUACAAACAUCUCUUAUAGACUCAUACAUUUCAUCUGCUGAUCAAUAAUGUAUGUUUGCAUGGCUGACUUGAAUUACAAUGUGGUUCUUGUGAUACAAUUCACCGUUCAGUCAUGUUAAAACUGAAUUUUUGUUUUUUUUCUCACAUAUGUGAAUAUUUCUGAUCAAGCAUGUGUUUCAGUAGCUGUUACCUGGUGCUGCUGCAUCCUGUUUGGGUUAUAGUUGCCAGUAUUAAACUGCUGCAUCUGGUUGCAGAGCUGCCUCUGUCAGAUUCUCUACUGAUGUCAGCUCCUUUUUUACUGGGCUGCUGGGCUGUGGUUUGAUCCCCAAAGGCCUAACCAGCUCACUCACAUAAAACCCCCUUUCUGAUUCCCCUCCAUGGAUAAAUAACAGCGCACACAAUGCAUUUAUUGAGGGAUCUCCGCUUGACUCCAGUUCCCAAAGAGCAUAAAUAUCUCAACAAAGGUAAAAGCGAGGAAGAAAGUGAAACUGGCAGUGAAGGUCAAAAUGCAUGUUAUAAUAAAAAAAAGGGGGAUCAGUGGGACUUGGGGCUCCAGAAGAGCAGGAAAAAAGGGAGAGGCUGACUGUGGGAGAUAAAGAGGAGAGAAAGCAGGGAGUGGAUGGAGGAUGGAGGAGGAGACAUAAAAGGAAGCAGGGAGGGGAAAUAGGGAAGGUCACUGCUAAUAGCUCUUCCAAGUAAUUUCAUAAUGUCAUGAUUGCUCCUAUUUACGCAAGCAAACCCCAUUAACAUUGUGCUUUAUGAACACUAUACUAUUCCGCCAUAAAAGAGGCUAGAGAGCUGCAUAUGUUCAUGGCUGCAUGCUCUUGCUGCACUCAUUGUGCAUAACAAUGUUCCUGGGAGGACGCAAAGGCUGCACAGGAGUGUGUAUGGAUCGCAUCUUAUGUCUUCUGCCUGACACAGAGGGUGUGGCCAUAAUUACUGCGCUUUGUGCUGCGGGCGCAGUAUCUGACUGAUGCUGCUGCUAAUGAAGCAAAUGACGCCCAAAGGGAAGAGCACAGCAAUGUGUAAUAUUUAUAUUUAUGAGUGUGAGCAUGUUUUUUAGAGAUUAUACUGAACACACAUAUAUAUCAGUUUCCUUGUUUUUUUGUGUUACUUUUCCCAAUGAGACUUAUUUUCCUUUCCAUGAUUUAUGAUCACAUGAACUGAAAGCAAACAGAAGAAGGAUUUUGAUAUUUUGGAGUUAUUUGAUGCAAUACAAUACAAGAGUCUACAAUCAUGAUUUUUCCAGCACCUUUUCCUGCUUUUUCUGUUUGUUCACAGCUGCUAUACUCCACCACUAAAUGACUGACAGGCAAGCCAUAAGCACAUUAGCUUAUCAAUUGUGGACUUAAGUGAGCGGCGGCUUACAAGCCAGAAACAGAGAGACCUAAAGGCAGCUCUCCAUCUCCAGGACUGGAUCCAUUAGCUGACAAGAGAGAUUAGCUGACCUGCUGACACAUGGGCUGAUCUUUAACUGAUACACACUGGCAACACACAUGAACACAAUAUGAGCGCUUACAGGGAAUUUGAUACAAGAUUACAUCAGGGAAUCCAGAUUUACCUCCUCACAUUUGUCAUUUACCCUUUUUUCUUUCAAACAAUAUUUUCCUUUUUGUUCUUUUCAACCUGUUUCUCCUUGAUUUCACUCCUUAUUCAUCUUUUAGAGUUUUUGUUGUCAACUUGUUGUCAACCCCCUUUUGAUCUCCUGCAGGUGUUGCUCUUCUUUCUCUUCCUCUGUUUCCUUUCUGCUGUCAAUCCUCCAUCAGUCCAUUCAUGCACCUCUCCUCUCAUUCUCCAGCCAUCACGGAUGUCUUAAUGAGUCCACUCCCUUCUCCUUGAAUAAUUCACCACUUCUUUUAUUCUACUAUUCCCAUUGUGUGUAAAGGGAAAAAUGCAUCAAUAAAUAAAUAAAUCACACUAUAUGUAGCUGCUCUUGCAGUCUUGGCACUAGGAGGGAUGACUGUGCUCAUUUAUUGAUGUAUAGAGGAGAAAGACUGUAGAAAUUUGUAAUGGAGUCCGGAAAUCAUUAGUUGGCAAGUCACUGAAUGAUUUUUAUUUAUGAAUUUUUGCAAAGCUUACCAGACUUUUUUUUACCAGCGUUUUCAGUAUUUGUACCCUCACAUGGAUUAGAGAGUGUGCGCUGAGGAGCAGCCCGUCACUGUGCCAGUAAAUGAGUAAGCGUGUAUGUGCCUGCGCAUACCAGUAUGUAAGCGAUACUGGAAACCUGUUAGUGUCCAUGUGUGUGAAUAACUGAAUUUGUAUGUACAAGGGAGGGGGGGAUGUAGUGGAGACCCUGUUGUCAUGGCAACCAGGAGAAGAAGAGAGAGAGAGAAAGAGAAAGGGAGAGAGAGAGAGAGAGUAGGCGGUUGCCCUAACAUCUCCUCUGACAACCUUUUCUUUCUCCAGCUUUGUGUCACUCCAAUAUUAACCUUUAACCUUUGACAGGAAAAGGGUGUGUGUGUGUGUGCGUGUGUGGAGGGGGAGGUCAGAAAGAGAAAAAAUAGCAAAAUAUUGCAUGCAAUAGAUCGCCGCUUUGACUCAAGUGGGCGUUGCAAACUAUCCAACAGCAGGGCUUAUGCUAAUAGUGGUAUUGAUAAAUGUGCUGUCUGUGUACUCUGAUCCAGAUAGCUUCUAGCGCUACCAUUUUCGAGGGAAAAAUUCCAUUUUGGUUUACCAUGGAUCAUCAGCUCUGAAACACAUGUUUCUCAGCUUUUAAACAAAGGGCACUUGCAUGACAGAGAUCUUAUUUUCCCUCUGUGCACUGAAGCUACUGUUCCUUUAAAGUUGCAAAUAUUGAAUUAAUCAGCAUUGUCCAAGCUGGAGUGCUACCGCAGCGGUUUAUUGAAUUAAUGGAGAGCAAAGUGGUGAGAGGAGGAAGAGAGGGAGAGGAAGAGGGUCUAGGAAUGUUCUGUGAGAAGUGAUUGAAGGAGAAUUGAAGAAAGCUUUUAGUGUCGGAUACCAAGGGGGGCUGAGAGGGGAGGGAGACAGAGUAAGAGACGACUGAUAAAAAAGUGACAGAAAAAUGGGUACAAGUCGCUCGAUGACUGUUCCUAUUGUAAUCUUUGGCUCCUAAGUAGAAACACUCAAUGAAAAUAGGAGAAAGGAUGGUAAGAAAUGCAAUCUUCACUGCGCUGAAUGAUUGAAUACAUGUCCCUGUUAGAAGUGAAUUGUGGAGUUGAGCAGAGACAGGUAUUAUUUCACAUGAUUUGUGAUAUUUUUCUGCUGGAGCGACAAAGUGGGUCUGAGACUUGUCUCACUGCAACAGGCUCAUGCAUUAAGCAUGACCCUGCCAGAGAGAGGGAGGGAGAGAAGGAGACAACCAGACAGACAGACAGGCUGAGCAUGUACACUAGGUAUAUAGAUGGACAGCGCCUGUCUGGGACCAAACCGAAUGUAUGGAGAGGGGUGUGAAUGAAUUAUGAAUUUGGGUGAAUUUAGGGCAAAUUGUGCAGACAGGAACGAGAUUUCUAUGAAUAAUUCACUCUGUAGGGGACCUGAUCAUCCACCCCCCACCAGCAUCACCUUGUUUCUUGAAUCCCCUCCUCAUUUUGUUGUUGACCCUUAUUAUCUCUCACUGCUCCUCUAUUUAUUUUGGUAAAAACCCUCACUAUGAGAGCCUGAAUCCCUCUGUCUUUCUCUUGUCCUUCUCUCUGUCUCUUUUCAAUCUGAUGUUUUACCAGACAGACAUACCCUGGGGGAAAAGUAGGGGGUAAAGGGGGCCAUGUAUUCAUUUAUUUUUCUCCAUCCCCUCCUUCCGUCCCGCAUCCGCUCCUUCUACACAUCUUCACAGCAGGAGGUGGUUAAUAUUUAAAAGCAAGGCAUGACAGGACACAAGACCUGCAAACAUGUUUGAGCACAUGCACAAACACACACCCGCACAUGCUCACAUACCUAAUAGUGAAAUAUUCUUCAUGAAAAUAACAGAUAAACAGAAAUAAUCUCUGUUUGUCACAAUGUGUUAAAAGAAAAAUAUAAGAAGCAUCAUUGCAACUAUAGGAGGAUAAGAAGUAAACAGCCAAAGUCUUUCAUGUAAAUGUAGGAGGCUGGCACAUUGAAGAUCAGAAAAAGUGUGAAGCUCAAUACAUGAUUUCACUCAAGAGGCUUGAUAUGUGUGCUGCCCCCCCUCGCACAAAAAAACAGCAUAUACAGCACUCAAAGACCUUGGCAACACCCAACAUGUCUACUUAAAACUAAUAACUACAUUUUGCGGAGGAAGGAAGGGUGCAAUUCUGGUCCUAAUGGACGACAGGAGGUGUACGCCACAAUAGUGCAGCAAUUAAAUCCUUCUAAUGAUGAAACAUUUACAGUAUAAUAUGAUAGUUUGACUUAUUUAUGUUCUUGCAAGCAAAAUGCCUCAAAGCAGAAAUUCAUGAAUAAUUGAAGGGGUCUCAAAAUUGACUCUGUCGAUUUGUUUGAUACACGUCCUGUUGGCGGCUAAUUUUCUGCUCUCGUGGUGAAAAGAGACAACGCCCUCAAAUCUCAGCACAGCUCUCCUCACUCUACAAUCUUCCGUGUGAUUGAAUGACUUUUGAUGGUGGCAGUUGACACCCCAGCUGUGAUGAUAGUUUUUAAAAGCACUCAGGAACACUGACAGGUCAUCUCAGCUCAGCUGCAAACAGCCAUCCCCACAGUGACCUUUGACCCUGUCAAAUGAAGCAGGUAACAGGGCUGGGAUUGGGCCCCUGACAGCUGCUGGGCGUAAAGAUUAAAGAAGUGAAAUCAGGCAUCUGCUUCAGUGUCACUGCCGCUCACCCUUGUGAUAAUGGAGCGCAACAAGGCUCUGUGUUGGGCACACAGCUGAGAUUUGUGUGUUUUUGUGUGUUUGUGCAUUUUUCAGGCCACAUUAGUUGGUGUUAUUGGUAUAUUUGGGUGGCAGGGUUAGCCUCAUUAUAUUUCUUCCAGGGUGUCUUUCUCUGUCUCCCUCACUCACACAUAGUGCCGCCUUUACACACCCCUCCCAUCCCAUUAUACUGUUCCCCUUUACUGCUCCUCCUCAACAUGAGCAGAAUAUUCUUUGGCUUGGUCUGCUUCCCGACUGAAGCCCACUGGACCAUACCCUUUCAACUGUCUGAUUUCUUUUGUCAGACCACUGGAGGUGUGUGUUUGUGUGCGUGUGUGUGUUUGUCUGUCUGCCUUCUCUCUGUGACUGGCAGCAUGACAGAGCGCCACAAUGUUGUCGGCGUCCUGCUUUGCUCCACACCACUGCUUUGGAUGGGAUGGCCGAGCACCAAUCUCAGAUCAAUUUUACACCAGCACUAAAGAACUAGUCCUGUUUGAUCCACCUGCCUCUAGUGGCAUCUUGGAGAAGCCAUUUUAAGCCCAGAUCAUUGUAAUUGGCCCCCUGUCUCUUGAGAACAACCAUCACUAAAAAGGCAGAUAGAAGAAAGAAGGAAGAAUGAGAAGAAGUAGGUGAAGAAAGAGAGAGAACUAGUGAUAAACACUGAUUGGAGCAGUUUGUGUAUUUGUAUGCAAGUGGAUGUAAAGGAUUAACGUCACAGCUGUCACUUUUUGUCAUCCCUCCUACCCCUCCUCUCUUCUUCACAUCCCUCCACUCCUCUCAUCACUUGUCAUCCUGCCUCCCUCACCUCCACCUCUCCUCCCAAAAACCCACGCUCCCUUUAAAUCUUCUAAACCCUCUUUCUUCUCUCUUCUCCCUCUCCGUAAACCCGUUGUGUUGUUCUUCUUACAUCGCAAAGAAGUUGGUGUAUGGCUCAUUUAAUCCUAAUGCUGUUAGUCUAAACUGCUUUAUUAAGAGCUCAGCUUUCAUUUGGUCUUUAAUUAAGUCUAACUGGACUCUGUCUGUCUACUUCCUCCUGUUUCUUUCUCUCUGAGAUAUUUUUUUCAAACCGUUUUCAUGUAAAGGUUUGUGGUAAUUAACCAUCAAGAAUGAUCAUCAAAGCUCUCCAUCCUCUUCUCAUCCUCCACUCUUUGCCCAUCAUCUUCAUCUCCUCUUCUCUCUGACCGGCCCCCCACUCCCCAAGGUCACUCCAUUGUGACAUUGCCAACAAACAGCAGCACACAGAGCCAAAACUCUUCAAUCAGGCUGCCAUUAUUGAAGAGCUGCCAAACAAGCAUCCUCCCUUUGUUAUCUCCAUUUUCCUUUGUCUUGCGUGUACGUCGUAAUCAUGGCGCGCAGUAACAGUUCUUUGUGUGUGAUACUGAGUAGUGUAAACAGUCAGCGGGCUGCGGGAUGUGGUGUCGCGGGGGAGGACAGUCUGCGUGUUGUGGCGGGGACCCGAUCCAAGGGUACAGAUGGAGAACGGAUAGACUCUUAGCAGGGGUGGCUCGUCUGGCUCACCAAGACUGAUAGCAUCUUUAUCGGGCACUUAACACAGCAAUAUCCCCCAAGUACAGUACGGAGUGUCCAGAUAGUGUGAACAAGCCCUGACUAGUCAACCUAAUUAUGAGCUGUAUGUUUGUCUGUCCUGUGAAUGAUCUGGUAUUACACUUCAUCAGUCUGCAUUUGUCUGUCCACAGCCCAUCUGGAUGCUGGGCGGCUCUGUUCGGCUUCUUGUUGUGGUAUUCUGUCCAUCUGUCCCACUGACUGGCCUUUCCAUAUGGGCCACUGCUCUCAUUAUUAUCCAAAUUGAGUUUUUUCUCCUUUUUUUCACAGGAACAGGUUUAGCAAUAGGCAUUUCUUUUUUUUCUGCAGGGAUGUGUUUUGUUACCUCUUGAUUGGUGUGUUAACUCCAUGUCUCAGUCUGUGUAUAGGUCUGACCACAUGGCGCAGGGCAAUUUUUCUCCCAUUCUGACACAUGGCCCUGUACCGCCCCUCCCUCCCUCCGGCUCCUCUUGUCCACCGCUCACCUCCCCCCCUUCUCUUUUAUCUUUCAGAGAGGAGACCAGCAGGAGGGCGUGGACUUGACUUGAGGAAAGGAAAAAGGAAAAAGAAGAAGAAAAAAAUUGGGAGGUAGAAAACGGGGCAUAAGUACAAGGCCGCCUGGAAAAGAACCACAGCCUCACACUUGCUCUGUGUGUGUGUGUGUGUGUGUGUGUGUGUGUGUGAGGUUGCCCUACCUGCAUAUUUUACUGCACGUGUGUGUGAGCAGGUGGGACUUUGAUGGGACAGUGAGCAAUGCCUCACACACAGCGACAGCAGGUUGGCAGUAGGAGGCGGUGCUCCCCUCACCUCCCACACCUCCUCCUCCUCCUCCUUUUCUUUGCUGCCCAGCCCAGCCGAGCAGCCAUACACAUACCCCCUAACUGUGAGUACAGACUUAUAUCGUACAUCUCAUCAUAAUGAUAGUGGCUGAACGCUUCCAUGAGGUUCAAAGGUUCUAUUUGUUGUGUUAAUUACAUUGUUGAUUCAUCAAAGCCGGCUAAUAAUGAUCUUUCAUCAUAAUUAAUUAGAGCAUAUCAACAGAGUGAACAUGUGUUUCUCUUUCACCAACUCCAAUGUUCAGGGUUGGAUUGAGCUAUUAUACUGGAAAUUCAAGCCUUUUUAGGCGGGUGCUCAUCUGUGCCUCUGGUGUGUCUAAUUACUUUGUAAUUGAUCCCCUCAUACCGCAUCGAUUAGUCCCUCUAUUGAUCUGGUUUCCUGGUGAAAACUAGAAUCUGGUCGGGGGAUAAUUUAAUCAACAAUUGAGUUAUACAACAAAAAUCCAGCAUGUUUUUUUUUUUCACACACACCCUUAUUUCUUCCUCCUCCUCCUUCUGGGUGCAAUAUGUGAGCAUUAGUAAUACAGCUGAGCCUGUGGCCCUGCAGGGAAAUUGAUCAUCAUCUCCUCGCCUGUUGUGGGCCAGCCCACAGAGCCCCAAAUGAAGAACGAGAAAGAGAGAAGAGAGAAUAUUGUUUUUCCCAGCUUGCCUUUGUUGUUCACUCUUUAUCUAAGACUACUUGAAAUGAGUCACAAUCCUCCACCACCCACACGCAUUUCAAGAGUGUAUGUACAAACGAGGUGUUACACACGCAUGGACAAACAUGCGCUCAUGCAGGCACGACCUGUGACUGUUGAUGAGAUGCCGUAAAUCUACAUAUGUAAUCCUCAAAGGGGUGAGGUGACACAGAGGUGAGAGGAGUGAGGAGGAUGAAGGACGGAUGAUGAGGAGGAAAGAAGGAGGAGCAGGUCAAAGAUGGAAAAGGUCAAGGUUUCCAUGCCUUUCAAUUAGAGAGCGUCGACUAUGUCAAUGAUGGGGAUCAAUAAAGGAGAUACCUCAGGAUCUGUGUCAGGUUGACAGCUAUGCUUCAUUAUGGAACACUGCUUUAUCGCCCAUGUAUCAUAGUAGCUGUUCAAUUAGCACUGAAACAUCUAUGUUUGUGCUUACAUCUUUAUUUCUUCUUAUCUUUCAAUCUCUCUUCCUAUAGUUUGGCUCCUCUCUUACCUUUUUAUUUGUUUUUUUUCCCCUCUCUAUAUCUCGGUCACUCUUGUUUACUGUAACUAAAACAUUUUCCCCUCAUUGCCUCUUUCCUCCGGCCACCAUGGUGGAUUAACAGACCACAUAAGUGAUCGUAAGUGCUUUCAACUUUAUUGACUUCUAUCUGUCUUAAUGCAGGAACUGGCAUAGCUUAUUGUAAACACUUUCAUUAUGACAAAGAGGUUAUUUUCCUUCCAUCCCUCAGUAAAACUGCUGUUGCACUUAAAUGAUUGCAGCAGUAGCAGUGUGCAUUUUCAGUGUUAUUCUUGCAUGAGUGUCUCUGUCUUUGUAUCUACGUUCACAGUGUUUAUUCUUUGUGUAUUAUAUUGCAAACAUGUGCCGGUUUCCGUGACUUUUUCUGAUCUGUAUAGGAGAAGAGUGUGUAAAGCCUCACUAGCUCCCAUUAGGCGAGAUCACUUAAGAAGCAGGACACUAAAGGACCCGCCGUCUGCAAGGAUGCAGCAGGGCUGUCAGAUCAAAGACACAGUGAAAUAAAGAGGAGUUAAAGCACUAAGCACCAGCUCCUCUCCUCCUCCUCAGCCAAUAAUGGAGCAACGCCUGUAGCCUGAACUUCAAUUUGAUCGGCUAAAGAAAUGGGCUUAUUUCCUCUUUCAGCGGGAAUUCUUUCAUUAAAUUUCCUCAGCCACCCUAUCAGUCUUUUUCUGCAUCUCUGUGAAUCUACCCCUUGUUUGUUUUGUCUAUUUUUGUCCCUCUUCUGCUCAGUUCUCUGCGUGUGCUCUCUAUUUGUAGUGCUUCCAUCCAUCUCCCCUGUCUGCUCAGCUCCCCAUCUCUUCUGCACUGCAACCCUCCCUCACACCCUCACCCAUUUACCUACAUAAUGCAAAUUUAUCUCCGACUUGAGCUCUGUCUCUUCCCCUUAAAGUCAACGACUCCUCCCUUCGAGUAUUAAGCUGUGACCUCUAUUUCACUGCAAACAGCCAGGCUGUAGUUAUAGGAGCUACACAAACAGAAGAUUUAAAUUUCUCUCUCUAAGUAUUUGAAAACAGAACAUAAAAAUUGGACCCGGGUCAUAAAACAUGUGGGAGCAUCAAACAUGCUGGUUCAAUACAGUGGUUACACCAAAUCCCAGCAUGCCCUUUUUAUGAGUCUGUUAUUGAGGCUUUGCUUUAUAGCCGUUAUGGACAACAUUGACAGUAGAAAGCCGAACCUCUCCAGCUGGUCAUUACUUUCCCCCGCUAAGAAAUCCCUGCUUCAUUUCCCCACAGACGCCCUCCUCUCCUCCCUGCCUCUCUGAGUCUCUUAGGUGCAGUGUGCCAUAUAUCUCUUUUGCAUGAAUUCUUCCUCUUACAUUAGACUGUAUCAAUUUCCUCUCAUCUCAACCCAUUUUCCCUGCCUGCUUCUUUCACUCUUUUUCUUGUCCUACAUUUCAUCUCUUUCUCUGGGGAGUCUUUUUAAGUGCUAUUGACUGAUUAUACUUAUCGGUGCUGUUAGAGUGUGAAAAUGAAAAAUGUCUGUUUUUUCUGUGUUAAAACAGAACGAUCUAUGUCUGUAUGUCAAAGAUUGCAUUGUUACAGCAUAAAAGCAGGUCAAGUAUAAACUGCAGAACUCUGAACUGUUUGUGUGCACGUUUGUAUAAAUGGGUUAAAGUCUCGCUUUUACAUGCUAAUAAACCACUAACUCUGUUUUUGGCCCUUGCAGUUAAACGGCCUCCAGUGAUUACCACACAGCCAGGGUCCGUCACGGUCUUUAGUGUUGAAGACCUCGUCAUGAGCUGUGAAGCCAAUGGCAACCCUCCACCCAUGUUAGUCAUCAAACGCACACACUCACACAUACACACACACGUUCACACUUAAACCUAAACUCUGAAAAUACUAUAUUAGUCACAGAGGAGUCUAGCCCCCGGUUAUAUUCCAGGACAUCUGAGGACAGUGACCUUCUCUCUCUAUGUUCGGCUGACAUCUUCAUACUAGUAUUAUGGGAAAGCACAGAUUCACCCAGUCAGGGUCCUUAUUUCAACAUGAAUGUCCUGAAGCCCCCCAGCAAUCUCUCCUCAGAGUGUCGUAACGGCACUAAAGUGGAACAGUAUUCCAGCAGCCGGGAAAAAGAUGAAUAUCUCAAUUACACAACAGAAGUUUGUGAGCCUCAUGUCGAAGUUUUGUGUCCUCAACUUCAGUGACAUGUAAAGACUUUGCAUAAGUCUCUUAUUGUCAUUCUGUUUUGUUUUUGUUUUUAUCCGUAUGGGAUAAUUCUUCUCGUUUGAGUGAACACUCUGCCAGCUGUCUAACAGAUUUGUUUCUCCUUUCUGAAGUUUCCGGUGGACAAAGGAUGGAGAGGAGUUUGACCCAGGCAGCGACCAGGAGCUGAAAAUGACAGAGCGCUCUGGCUCGUCUGCAUUCUACACGCUCAGUAACACUAUGGACACGCUGAAGCAGUACCGAGGCAAAUACGUCUGCUACGCAUCCAAUGAGCUGGGGACAGCUGUCUCUCAUGAAGCCAUACUUGAAAUUGAUGGUAAGAAAAAUCAUCAAUAACUGAUCAUUCUCAAAGUUGUGAGUAAUUAGACAUCGGAAAAAAGUCUCUUAUAGGGAUGGGUGAUAUGUAUCACAAUGAGUUUUUGCCAUUCUGCCGAUAACGAUAAAAGUCCUGAUAAAAAAAUAUUAUAAUUCCAAUCUAUUUUUUGACUCAUUCUGUCUUGAGAACACCAGUUGAAAUGAAACAAGUCUGAAAUGUGAAAACAUUUUCAACAUUUAUUGAAAACUCUUAUUGCACAGAGGGGACAGCAGCAAAUCUACUGUCCGAUGUCAGGCAGACCUGAUUGCACUCAUCUAAGCCCCAAUCUUGAAGGAAAUCCCUCAUGUGGCCUUGUUUAGCAACAAGUUGCUCAGAAACACCUUCCUAUUACCUUUGGCCAUGUUAUCCUGCUCUGUGUGGGCUAUGGCUGCGAGUUAGUGGCUCACGCUUACGUCAUCAACUUGCAUUUAUUGUGGAGGAUUUUUCUGACGAUAAAUCGUGAAUAAUAACUUAUCGCCCAUCCCUAGUCUCUCGCUUUUUGUUCAUGAUUUGAAUAUUCAAAUUCUAUAGCUUUCAGUUUGGCUUUAGCCUAGAGAGAUGAAUCACUUCAUUUUAAGAGGUAAAAAAAACUAAUCAAGCCUUCCCUGAUGUCUUUUCAUAAAGUGCACCACAUCAGAGGAGUCACGUGUCUUUUACAGAUAUCAGCUUCAGUGCCAUCCCUCUCAUAAAUGCCUUCAAGGCCCGGAUUAGAAGCACACUGUGUUGUUGUAGGUUUUAUCAGCAAUAACAGAGCGAUUUACAGAGCUGUAAGAGGAGCAGGCCUAUUAAACUUUACCUUGCCCUGCUUUAUGGAGGGCUCAUUUGUUAGCAGAUGGAGGCUCACGCUGAGCACUCCUGGUACUGCCACCCAGAACAUAAUUACAUGCAAUAACAUGAUCAGUAUACACUAACGUACACACACUCAUGUGUCACACACUUACCAACACACACACAGAGUCCCUUGGACAAAAGUAAAGAGCACCUCUGUGUAUCCAUCCACCUGUGCGACUGGCUCUCUCCUGGGCGACCUCCUUCCUUCUCUGUUUCCCUGACAACGGUUUCCCCAGAAACACUCUUGAGUUGAUGUCAUGUGAAGCCCUGUUCAGUUACUCCAGUGGGGUUAUCAACAAUGAGCAGAAGGGAGGAGGGUGGAGGAGGGGGACAGAGCAAACAUAAAUGAUACACAAAGCACGUCAUUGCACUUCACUGUGACGCUUUUCUCCUCAAACCCAACAAAUUCUCCAGUCAGGGGUUUGAAAAAGAUACUUCUUAUCCAGAGUAUGUGUGUGUGUUCAAGUUGUCUUGCCCUGUGGUUUCCCUUGGAUAGUCUUCAGACAACAGAGAAAAUGUAUUUACAGGUGAUGGCGUGAUUGUUUGCAUCAGUGCAGACUAACAGAUGUGUCUUUGUCCUCACCGACCUCCCUCCAGCUCCCCCAUCCCAGCAGAAAGAAAAAAGGGUUACUGUGAAGUCUGAGGAAGGAAACAGUAUUGUCCUGAAGUGUAACCCUCCCCAGAGCUCCAUGGAACCAAUCAUUCACUGGAUGGACUGGAGUGAGUACAUUACCUUUCCAUCUCCUUUCAUUACAUCCUUCCUGUCUCCUCAGUAAAGCUGUCUCUUGGACACUGUAUUGAUCUUUUUUCUGCUCACUUACAUCCCAUCAUAGAGAAGUGGUCAAUUAUAAGUCUUCUCUCCCUUUCUCAAUUUCCAAAAUCUUUUCAUGCAUUUGCUCAUAAUUUGAUGUUUACAUAAAUGCUUUUAGUAUCCUUCUUUAAAGACUGUGCAGUCUGUUCUUGCCCACAGUCUCCCUCCUAUGUUUCUCUAACUACUUCAUUCUUAUGCAAAGAUUCUCUUCGCUCUCCAUUGUUUCUCAUUUUUCCACUUCCUUUAUCUCUCACUGUUGUCACUCUCCCUCUCUUUCUUAUUUCUUCUCACCCAACAGGACUACACCACAUCAAGCUAAGUGAGCGAGUGGUAGUGGGAAAGGACGGCAACCUGUACUUCGCCCAUUUGACAACUGAGGACAGCAGGGAGGACUACACCUGCAAUGUCCAGUACCUGGCGACGCGGACCAUUCUGGCGAAGGAACCCAUUACUCUGAUGGUCAAUCCUUGUGAGUUUAAAAUCAGACACUGGAUCUGAAAUUAAUAGUCAGGCUUAGACUGCUUAUAGUGAAAUUCUAACACAAGAGUGUAAUGGUUUAGUCAAUCCCUCCAUUAAUAAAGUCCUCCAGCUGUAACAUGAUGUAUAAAGGCAAGACUCUUCUGAAAAAGAGGCCUCAGUCUCAGUGGGUCUUCUCUGCUAAAAUAAAGAGAAAAGUGUCCUGCAUCUCUUAGACUCCCUUAAAGGGAUAUUCCGGCGUAAAAUUAAGUUAGGGUCAAACACACUCUAACACCGAGAGAUGAAUGUUGCCGUCUGCUUGCUUCUCUAGUUAUACCAACUUUAGUAACAACAGCACGAUAGCAAUACACAGCGAUCUACAAUUCUAAAUACAAACCUAAACCAAAAAACAAUCUAUAGCCACAAAAAAUGCUCAGAACAGCACCUAACUUCAUCAACAGUACAUAAAGGGUCCCAGCCAUAGUACUAGCCAUCAAACAUCUUUUUAGCUUUGCCUAAUUUCUUUAGCGAAGAAACCAAACACAACUCACCCACUCUCCUCCAGCAGUUGCUUGUUUGUAGGGGAGCCCUGACGAGUCGAUCACUGAGUGCAGCGGAUCAUUUCCAUUACUGAAGUAAUAAUCACCAUAACAAUCAUUUUGCACUGCAGACGCGAUAGUGUUUUGGUCUGAUUGCAUUUCCAUGACGUGAUGGUCAUAAAUGUUCUCUCUUGAGCUGCAACUCUCCGCUGCACUUGGUGAUUAUUUGCUUUUGUAGAGGUUUGCGCUUGUUACUAAAGUUUGUAUAAGUAGAGAAGCAAGCAGUUGGCAACAUUCAUCUCUCAAGGGGGUGUCUAACUCGGUGUUACGGUGUGUUUGACUGUAACUUCAUUUUACACCAGAAUAUCCCUUUAAUUUAUCAUAGAUUCUUUCUCACCAGAAUGUACCAAUUUCUCACCAAUAGCUUUUGUGGACAUUUAAGUGCAUUUAGAUUUUUUGGUUCAGAGAUAACUGCUAAUGAGAUUUUUGCUGCCAGCUUAAAAAAAAAGAAGAUUAAUGGAUUUUUUUAGCCGGGCUCAUCGCACUGAUAAAUUACAUUUCAAAUUUCCUGCACAUUCAUCUCCUCAUAGGAACACUUGACAGAACUCAUGUCUAACAUUUCCAAGGCAUGGUUUCUUGGUGUAGUAUAGUUUCGACUGCCAGCUCUGUGAGGUUGCACACAGUGGUGAAUAGAAUUCAACGCUUCCCAGAGCAUACCGAUAAAUCUGAAAUGACUCAGAAAUCAGUCUUAAAUUCUCUCUGCCUUUAUUCAGAGAAGUCUGCUCCAUUAAGACACUGUAAAGAUUUUUCUAUGAGAGCGACAUUUGAAAUGAUAAAUACUCAGCAUGAGAGCCACUGAUGCAGGAUAUUCAAACCAAAGUCGUCUCCCCCCAUGUGGUAGCAUGUUGCUGACCUAAACUGUAGUGUGUCCAGAAGACGGUCUGAAAGCCAGUGGGAGGUCCACCAUCUCCUUAAGCCAGCAGUAAUGAGAUGCAGCUCACACUGAGAUAUAGCUGCCAGCAUCUGUGGCCUGACUAGAGGUCAGAGAGAUGAGCACAUGUUAACACGAGACCUCUGCGUUUGUGUGUGUGUGUGUGUGUGUGUGUGUGUGUGUGUGUGUGUGUGUGUGUGUGUGUGCGCACGCUCGCGAACAUCUGCGUGUGUUGAAAAUCUGUGUGUCGAUAUGUCGUUAGAGGGGUGAGGUCCUCUCCGCACAGUGUUUGGAUACAGUGUUUGUGUGUGUGAUUGCGUGUCAGUCUGUAAAGUGGCUGCUGUGUCAGCAGCACAUUGCUGAUGCAUAUGUAUGAAUCUUCCUCCUGGUCUUCAUACUUGCUCUCUCUCUCCCUCUCUCUCUUUUUCUUUUCUAGCUAACUCUGUUGUGCGGAAUAAGAGGCCCCAUAUGAUGAGACCUACUGGACCCCAGAGCAUUUACCAUGCUCUCAAGGGCCAGACCCUGGAGCUUGAGUGCAUCAUCCAAGGCCUGUGAGUGCCUGUGUUUGUGCGUGUGUGUGUGUGUGUGUGUGCAUGUGUGUCAAUUUUUCCCUCCAUCAAUCAUGCCUUUUAAGCCACUCCUUACGAUCAAUCUUCCCCACCUUUUCUCCCUCCUCCCCCUCCUACCUUCCCACUCUCUCCACCUUCCUUUAACUAUCUUUAUGUCUCCUGCCAAUGCUGCUCCUUCUUACCUUUAUAUUUUUUUUCUCUUUUCACCCUCUAUGAAUUUUUUCUUGUCCUUUCUUCUUACUCCAUUUUCCUUUAAACCACUUUUCUUUUUUUCUUUUUCUCCUCUCUUCCAUAUAUGAACCUUCCUCUAUGGCAUCCCUCAUCCUUCCUUCUCUCCUCCUUUUCAGUCCAACUCCAAAAGUGACAUGGCUGAGGAAAGACGGCGAGCUCUCUGAAUCCCGGACCGUCAAAGAUAUGUUUGAGCGCCGCCUGCGCUUCAGUAACAUUUCCGAGAGUGAUGCGGGCGAGUACCAGUGUAUAGCUGAGAACUCCCAAGGGAAGGCCACACACACUUACGUUGUGACUGUUGAAGGUACCUCACACAGUGAUUAUAUUUAUGCAUGUAUUGUACAUGAAUGAGGAUGAUUUGAGCGUGUGAUGUGCAGGCUUGAUUAGUGUAAGAAUUAGUCACUCCCAUGUAUGUAUCUGCCAAUCUCCUGUUCUCUCAUAAUAACACUUUGACUUUUUGUUGGGUCCAAGCCUAGAUUACAUCAGCACCCUGAAUGAAAAUACUGCUCUUGAGUUUUUUGGAUUAACAAAGUUUUCCCAUCUAAAGCUUAAACCUCAGGUUUUCUUCCAUAAAAGUGAAUAUUUUGAGUAUAUAGCCUUUUAUUACCAAAUAAACCUUGAGUUAAAAAAUUGAUUGAGUGUUUUUUUAGAGUGCAGUUGAAAGAUCAGAUGCUUCCUGUUUGAGAUUUUGUCCCCUAGGAAAGUGCAAACCCAUCAAUCUCAACCCAUUAGUCUCACUUAUUGUCUUUUUUAAAGUUUUGAUAUCAAGAUAAGAUUUUUACCUUUAAGUUAAUGUAACUGACAUUUUAUGGCCUUUGUAGCGGCUCCCUAUUGGACCAAAGAGCCCAUCAGUCAGGUCUACGCCCCUGGUGAGACUGUCAGACUCGACUGCCAGGCAGAUGGCAUCCCAUCUCCGAACAUCAACUGGACCAUCAAUGGGAUCCCCCUCACUGGUCAGUGCAUAAAUCCACUUGGAAGUCCAUACCUCAACACAAGUCAUCAAAAAAUGAACUUUUUUUGGUUUGUUUUUGUUUUUGUAAGCAAUCGACAAGGACUCCAGACGAACUCUGACUACAGGUGGGUCUCUAAUCCUAAAGGAUGUCAACUUUGGAGACACUGCCAUCUACCAGUGCCGGGCCUCUAACAAGCAUGGGACCAUCCUCGCCAACACUAACGUUUACGUCAUCGGUAAGUGUUUAUUUUUAUGAACUUCACAUAUUUAACUAUGAGUGUGUUUACUUCUGUGUUUCUCAUUUCUAUAUAUAUGUGUUUGUGUUAUAUCAGAGCUGCCCCCUCAGAUCCUGACUGAUGAUGGGAUCCCAUACAUAUUUACCGAAGGCCAGAAAGCUUCGCUGGAAUGCGACACCUUUGGCUCCCCUAAACCUAAAGUCAUAUGGUGAGACACAAACCCCCCUACUGUUUUUCAUUCCAAUGCACCGUAAUGUGUACUUGUCUGGUGGGUUUUCAUAUGAACAGAUUCUACAGGGAGGGAUUGUAGUAACUGCGUGGGUAGCUCUUAGUAUGCAUAAAUUAACAGUUAAAUGUUGUUACAUCUGGGCUGUGACUGUGAAUCUUAUUAGUAAGGGCUGUCUCCAACUUAGCUUUGUUUUAUCAGUUGAAACAAACGAUUGAACUGGUGAAAUUAUCGUCUCUUCCAGCUGCUGAAUAAAGAUCUGUCUCUCACUCUUUUUAUCAGUUUUUAAUGUUCAUCUCUGGAUGUAAUUAUGUCUUUUACAGGGAGAGUGGCAGCACAUCCCCAAUUCUGGCAGAUCCCAGAGUCAACCCACUUACCAAUGGAGGUCUCGAGAUCACUAACAUCACUCAUGAUGAUUCAGGGAUCUACAACUGCUUUGUACAAAACACUAACUUGUCCAUCAGUGCCGUGCUGGAAGUGCUGAGUAAGUAAUAAUCUGUGUACCUUAGCAGCCGAUGUUGUUUGCUCAUGAUCGGUUUUUACAUAACUUUGUUUUUUUGUCUUCUUGUUAUCUCCUCCAGACAGGACAGUGAUCAUUACACCCCCAGAGGCUCUUAAAGUGCAACCUGGACACACAGCAAUCUUUACUUGUGUGGCCCUUGUUGAUCAAAAACUGGACCCUCCAUUAAUUCAGUGGAGAAAGAAUGAACAGAAGCUCUUUCAGUCUCACAGUGAUGAAAAGUAAGACUGAAUUAUGUACAUUAGAUAACUGUCCAAAGUACAGUCGUUGAAUUAUUUUAUCUCUGUUGUCAAGGCCAAACCUUCAGAUGUGUUCACAAAUCAAGGGGACCAUACCUCUAUGAAGAAGUUUUUUUCUCGGCACACAUACAAAAAAACGGAUGAGAUUGGGACAUAAGGAAAACAUUAACAGUGAUGUCCAUAAUUUUGCAGAUACACAUUUGAAGGACCAGACCUGAUAAUUGCAAAUGUGGGACCAGAUGAUGAGGCCGUUUACACCUGUCAGGUCAUCACUAAACUGGACAUGGCUAAUGCCAGCAGCACCCUCACUUUAUGUGGUAGGAUAUAUUAAUAUAAUAUGAUCACAUACCAGCAGGUGACUGAUACCAUACAAAAUUAUGCAUGAUUGUAUUUAUUUCCAUGUCAGAUCGUCCUGACCCUCCUGGCCUCCUUCAGAUCACUGAUCCAAAACAUCGAGCAGUCACCCUCAGCUGGACACCAGGAGAUGACCACAACAGCCCUGUGCUAGGUUUAGUACAGACAAAUACACAGAAAUUCACUCAUACUUCAGUUCCACACGCAUUUAUCUAUUUUCUUCCAUGUGCCGUUUUUCUUUUGUAUCUUAAUAAAAGAAUAUUUUCUCUCACUGUGAUACUCUUGUGCCACAAACUAAAGAUGUAUGCUGACAUAGACACAAAUUCUCAUGUCUAGCUCCAAGACUAAGAGAAGCAAAUCUACAUUAUUUAACUCCCUCUGGCUAAAAGAUAGCCAUCUCUGUUUUCAUUACUGAGGCAAUAUGAUUAGUAUUUGAUCUGUAAAUUCAGACUUAUGGAGCUAAACAUUCCUCUGCCUUUCAUAAAGUUUCUAUUUUUCCCUUUUUUCUCUUUGCAGAGUACGUAAUUGAGUUUGAGGAUCAAAGUUUGAAGGACAGCGGCUGGGAAGAACUCAAGAGAGUGAGUGGAAACAAGGAGCGUGCAAGCCUCUCUCUGUGGCCCUACAUGUCCUACCGUUUCCGGGUCAUUGCCAUUAAUGAUGUGGGCAAGAGUGCACCCAGCAAGCCAUCUGAAAUCCACAACACAGCUGAUGAAGGUUGAAGCUAGUAUUUUUUUUAGCUAAUUUUAAUUUCCCAGUUUAACUUAAAUUGAGAUGACACUAAACAUUUUUUUUUAAUUAACAGCUCCAGACAACAACCCUGAGGGUGUAAGGAGUGAGUCCACAGACCCAGACACUCUGGUUAUCUCCUGGAAGGUAAUUUUUUUUUUUCAAAGAAUCUGAAAUAAAAUUUUAAAAAAAAUUCUUUUAUAAAGGGUUUGCGCCUCAUUGAAUGCCAUUCCUCAUCUCUGUAGGAAAUGGACAAACGUGACUUUAAUGGACCUGACUUCAAGUAUCGUAUAUUUUGGAGACGAGUGUUGGGCAGUGGGCCGACCUGGCACACCAACUACACAACUGCACCACCAUUCAUGGUCAAUGACGUUGGCAACUUCUCUGCUUUUGAGUUUAAAGUACAGGCUGUCAAUGAGAAAGGAGAGGGACCUGAGCCUGACCCUGUCAUUGGGUAUUCAGGAGAGGAUGGUAAAAUAUUUUUACUGCAUUUGCUCAAGUUUUAAAGAACUUCCUGCACAUAUUUACACUUUAUAUUUAUUCUCAUAACACCUCUUUGCUGUGUCUUAUUUUCCCAUAGUGCCACUGGAACCUCCAAUGGAUGUAGGUGUUGCACUACUGAACAGCACAACCAUCAGAGUGACCUGGGCAGCAAUAAAAAAAGAUACAGUCAGAGGAAACCUGCUGGGAUACAAGGUACUCAUCCUGUAACUCCCCUGUUGUUUGGCCUGACAUAUCCUGUGCCUGUCCUCAUGAAUUAAACAGACUUUGGGUUUACAGUGGAUGCAGCCAGAUAGUUCCUUGGCAGAGCUUCACAGUUCUCUUAUUACUUUCAAGGUUGUGAAGAACAGAGGGUUUGUUUUUUAAUUUUAUUUUGGAAGCCCUAACCUUCAAAAUGUAUGAUAUUCUAUCACAAUCUUGUAUUGAAUUUCCCUCCGGGGAUCAAUAAAGUUUAUCUUAUCUUAUCUUAUCUUAUCUUAUUUGAAAUAUAAAAAAGGAAUUUUCUAUUAAGUGGUGUAAGAAGUCUAUAAAAUGUAUUUUAAGUUUUUUUUAAACAAUUUUUUUUGUCUCUAGAUCUACUUGACAAAAUUCGGCUCAGGGGGCCACCACCGAGGCCGGAGGGCUCAUGAGCCAGAGACCAAAUUGGUGGUAGAGACUGGGGCCAAUGAAGAGAAGAAGGUGAUCAGUGGUCUCAGACCAUACUCCCACUAUUCCCUGGUGGUCACUGUAUUCAACAGUAAAGGUGAAGGACCUCCCUCUGAGAUGCUGACCUUCAAGACUCCCGAGGGAGGUAAGAUUGUGACAAGAAGAGAAGGGGCUCAUGAAAGGCUAGGUAAUGGAUAAAAUGGGUGAAGAGGUUUUAUUCUAAAUGGGAGAGACAAAGAUGGAGUAAGUUGGAGGUAUGGAAGGAUGAGAGGAUGCUGAGAGUGAGUGGGUGGAGAGUGGAAAAGAGUGUAGGGCUAAAGAGGAAAAUUAUGACAAGCAGGCUGCUGUUGGUGAAAUAUCAGUGACAGUUGAUGAAAAUAGUAUGAGAAUACUAUAACAGUGUAUUUUAAUUGUGCCUACUUGUUGUGUUUGUAGUCCCUGGGUCUCCUGCAUCCCUCACGCUGGACAGUCCAUCAGAAACUGAAAUGACCCUCCACUGGACUCCUCCUGGCCAGCCAAAUGGUAUCCUAAUUGGAUAUCUUCUGCAGUACCAACAGAGUAAGCAUCAUGAACACUCUUUAUACGAACAACGUAAACCUUUUGAAAUCAUCACUAAACAAAGACAUGCUAUGCUGUGUCAUCAAUAAAAGCAUCAAUGCAAGCCAAAGCUACACAAUACACUCUAAGCUGGAUCAAUAAGAGCAGAGAAUAUCAGGAGCACAGCCCUCUAAUGAGGCUCAUCAGUCAGUCACGUCGUAUGUAACCAUGUGUCAAUGUUUUUUUGUGCUUUGGUCAGUUGUAGAGAAUGAUGACAGCCCCAUGCAGGUGGAGAAAAUAGAUGACCCCACAGUCACUCACCUCAAGCUGAAAGGUCUGGACCGUCACAGUCACUACCGCUUCUACCUGAGGGGGCGCACCACUGCAGGGGAUGGAGAGCCCGUCAUGAAGGAGGGUGCCACUACACUUGAUGGAGGUACAGAAACUGAUCCGCAGCAUUUUCUUCAUCACAGAUCAGAUAUAUUUGGAGUAUAUAUUUGCAGUAGCUCAGAGGGUGGAGUGGUCAUCCAAUAACUAAAGGGUUGGCGGUUCGAUCCCUGCCCUAUCCCAAGUCUGCCCAUUGUGUCCUUGGGCAAGACAAUUAACCCAUCUUGCUCCCAUUGUGGGGUUUGCGUUGUUUAAGACUUAAAGAGUCUUCUGUCUGAAUGUCUUGCAGCACCUCCUGCCAACAUCAGCCUGCUUGAGGAGGAAACCUCAGUAAACCUCAGCUGGGUCGCCAAGAAGAGACACAGGAACGUUAGCUUUCAGAUCAAAUACCUCAAAAAGAGUGGUAUGAGGCCUGACUUUUAUGUGCAUGAGAAAACUUCAAAAUUCAACUGUGAAAAGUUUAUGUCAACCAUGAAUAUUUCCUAAGCUCUUAACAGUCAAAAGGUCACCAAAGUUUAUAUUAUGUUGUGACAGAUGGCUCCAAUUGGAAGAUGUCGGAGAAGGUGAACUCUGCACAGUCUUUCUACCAACUCCAGGGCUUAACUCCUGGCUCCCACUACCGUCUCUACUUCAUCUACAACAACACAACCUUCUGGGAGACUGACAUCAACACAAAAGGAACAGGUACUAUGAGCCCUCUUCCUCCUCCAUUCAUCAUCUGUCCUUUCAUCUUCUCUGCUCCCUCCUCUGGGCCUCCCACAUCUAAAUAUAACGCUGAUCCUACUGAGAGUGUCGUGCAGUUCUCUCAAACGCCUGUGAAGUGCUUUCAAAGACGUAUAUAAAACAGAACUCGGUUAGCCAUAUGAAACGAUCCAUUACUUGUGUUUGUUUAGUGCAGUUCUAUUUUUGUUGGUUCUGAGGUGAUGUCUCUUGUCGAUACACACUGUCUCUUUUGCUCUGGAUCCUGCUCCCUCUUUAAUCUGGUUUCUGCUUCUUUUUCAUCCUUACUUCUCUGCCUCUAGUUUGGUCCCGUUUCUUCUGAUUCAUAAAAUCCAUUUUUCUACUUCCAUCUUUUUUUACCAGCUGUGACAGAAGUGCAGCCGAGCUUUGCCACACAGGGCUGGUUCAUCGGCCUUGUGAGUGCCAUCGUGCUGCUGCUGCUGAUUCUGCUCAUCCUCUGCUUCAUCAAGAGGAGUAAAGGGGGGAAGUAUUCAGGUAAGUGCUCCUCUCAGUCACAAGUAUCCAUCAGUACAGAUCCGAUCUUGAAUAUUGUGUAUGUUUGGUGUUUGUAAAGACAAAACUGUUGAGACAAUCUCCUUUUCUGAAAGAGUGUAUCAUUGCUGUUACUCCCUCUAACCCUCCUGUGAGAGCAAUUCAGAGGUAAAAAAAACUGCUGUGUCACCCUUUACAUAAGCUUUGCCGGUUACACUGAACAGUCUGGAGCCAUAAAGCUGUUCGAUAAUGAAAGUAGCACUGCAGUACAAAAAGGAGCCAAGCAGUUAGAUGAAUGUGCCAAAGUAAACAAGAUUAUUCCUGUGGGAAAUAAGUAAACUAAGAUUGCAGUGGGUUUAUAAUUCUUUCCAAACAGCUCUCUAUGUGAUCCAUGCAGCGGCUUCACAUAAUUGGCCAGUUUCUACCUUUGCCUUCAUAACACAAAUAAAGCGAAGCCUUCCCUAAAGCUUAUGUUUCUUCUCUGUGAUAGCAAAGAAGGGGCUCUGCUUUAUAAAAGACUGUGAAAUGAUCAUCACAAACCACAUGAGUGACUUAAACCUGCAGGCCACUGUCUGCCUGGUCAGAAAAAAAAAGCAACAGCCUUUUAUCUCCUUACACACAAGGGAGAAGCAAGCUGCUCACUACUUUUAAAGAGGACUCAGUGGUCUGUGUAAGAAGGAAGGACUGAGAAAAUGAUGAAAACAUACCGUAGUGAGAAUAUGAAUAAUUUAGCUUGUCUCAAACUUUGAUUUUUAUGCUGAAAGAGAGCGAUUACAUCAAACAUCAAAUAUUACACAGAAAGAUUCUGUUUAGAAAUCCUUAUCCUUCAGAAUAAUACAUAUUCAAUCGACUUUUAUUCUCUUGGUGUUAUCUUGCUGCACAUCAGAAUGUAAUUAUCGAUGUCAGACUCGGUGGCGAUAAAGAGAAAUAUGGUGGCGAUCCUCCUGAUAAUGAAAUCCAAUAAUCUUCUUCUCAGUGAAAGAUAAAGAAGAGGGUCCCAUGGACUCAGAAGCACGACCAAUGAAGGAUGAGACUUUCGGAGAGUACAGGUCUGUCAUCUGAAUGCGCAGCACCCCUCUAAGCCUUACAUUAUUAUCAUUCUUUUAUUUAUUUAAACUUUUAACAAAGCGUAACUCCAUCAGAAUUGUUUGCACUUUCUAACCCCUUGUGUUCUUUUCAUUUCACCUUCCUCUGAAUGCUUGCCCCGUGUAUGCAGAUCCCUGGAAAGGUAUGCUGUGCUGUGCUGUGAUAUGCUAUCCCAGACCCGCUAACAUUAAUUACCCCGUGCCUAUGUGUUAUCUACCUCCUCACUUUUGUUUGGAGUAGUCAUUAUGUGGUGUGCUAUUAACUGCAACCAAAGAUGAUUCCUAUUAACUUGUUCUUUUUUCCUGUCGCGAUCAUUAAAACAUUGAAAACGGAGGAAAAGGGCUGAUCAUAUUUUUCUAAAGCCCAAGCUAACUCCCAACGGAUUGUUUUUUUUUCACAUGGAGUAUAAAAACUACAAAAGUACUUACCUCACAAAGACUUAAAAGAUAAGUUACUAAUGCUGCAUUUGAGUCACCCCAGAAGUCAGAUGUCAUAGCUGAAAAUAACGUCGUGCCCGAGUUACUAACGUUUCAGUUACCAAGUAAAGAAAAUCAGAGGCCUGAAAAUGGAUGGCUACAUCUAUGAAAGUUAUUUUAGCGCUUGCCUUAUAUUUGGACAAGGCAAGCGCUACAAUAACUUUUGCAGAUGUAGCCAUCUUGUUUCCGCCUCCGAUUUUUCUUUAUUCUGACUUGGUAACAAAAAUAUAGGUAACUCAGGUGUGACGUCAUUUUCAGUUCUGACUUCUGACUUCUGAGGUAACUCGAAUGUGUGAAUCUUUCCUGUUGAUAACUUCUACUUUGACCUCGUGUUCUCUAGUGACCUUGAGGAGAAGCGCACAGCAAGCCAGCCAUCCCUGUGUGAGGAGAGCAAGCUGUGCAGCGAGGACAACCUGGACUUCAACGGUAGCAGUGCCAUCACCACAGAGCUCAACAUGGAUGAGUCUCUAGUCAGCCAAUUCAGCCGAUCUGGUGAUGGUCCGGAGACGCUCCACGGCCUGCCGGACACCUCCCCGCUCAACCCCACCACUGUCUCUUCAGCAACCAAUGGCAUGCCCAACUCAGUCACCAUCCUGGAUUAACUUCCCUCAUCUUGUGAGGACCAUCAGACCAAAACAUCUCAACACACAUGUGCCCAUUUACUCCUGUUCCCUGCUGACCUGCUGAUCUGUAGUUCCUGACUGAAAUACAAUCACUACGCUGACUUUUCAGAUGCACCUGGCAGUCAUCUGAUCGACUAGACUAUUUUGACCAAAGGAGAGUCCAAAGUAGUGGACGAUGAGAUACAAGUCUGACUGACCUGAAAAUGCCCUUUGACCCCUCCUUUAUCUGUGGUUUACAAUAUAUCUUAAUGACUAACAUUCAUUUCCCUCUCGUUCUUCUCUUUUUCUUCUUUUCACAGACAGCUCUAUAGAAGGAUAAAGACAGAAUGUUGUACAGAUAGGAAUAUCACAGGGAGUGUAGGUGUGGUCCUAUAGAGAUACAGAGUAGUGCAUUGAGAGAGGAUGAUGAUGAUAAUGGUAGACUGGGGAAUUUGACAGCACCUGCUGCUGUAAAAGUCUUAAAUUUUGGACAUUCAUCAUGCCUUAUAUUAUUUCACACUGUUUUGUAUGUUUAACACCAUUCGAUGUCUCAGAUUGUAUGUGCCAGUGACAUUUUUACAUUUUUUUACAAAUACGUUUGAAUACAAAACAUCCUUUUGUUACCUUUUUAUUUAUAUCAUCUCCUUUUCAUAUUUUUUCUACUAUGUUUGUUUCUAUAAUGACCUCUCUAGAUUAAUCCAUCUCAUAGAUCAUAUUGGUUUUAUUGAAAAUAAGUAAAGCCAAGUUUCUUACUAUAGAUAACAUUGGAUGCAUACGGGAACUUGCUGUGAAAAUGCUAAGUAGCAUCUGGUGUAUAUAGCUGCAUCUACAUCUAUCUAUUUAGCCAUAAUACAGUAUUAUAGAUAUGUACAUGCUCCUUCUAAGUUCCUGUGCCUGCUGGGUCUGCAUAGAGCACCAGAUUGAUGUCAUUACUCUCUCGCCUUCCCACCAGAAGUGUAAUGUCAUGAUUGGAAAUGUUGUAAUUUUUUGUGUCGAGACCUAUGUGUAGCUUUCUGUAUCUGUCUUUGUCUCUUUCUACACUGUAUUAAAACAUUGUUGUCUCUGAUUAACAACCUUUUCAUACCUGUCCAUCUCAUACUACACAAACUGAGAAACAGUAUUUAUGAACAGUAUAUUAACAGAUCAGAGAGUGGAGGAGUCUUCUCCUGAGUUUUAUUUUUCAGACUUCCAUCAAUGCAAGUGGGUUUGCAGACAGAUUUAUAGAAUGCCAGUUGAUUUGUAAUAAAGGCAAGCAGCUGAUAUCUACAUCAAACACAGAAUGUACUACUUCAAAGCUGGGCAGUCAUCGUAUUCAUAUGCUAUCGAUUAAACAGAAACUCUGAGCUACAACUAACUGGAUACAUAGAGUAAUGAUGGUUUCUUUUCCCUCUUCAGAAUGUAAAUAUAUCCCCGCUAGAUUGUUUUGAUGAACCCAAAAAUGUUUGAUAUAAAAAUGUGAAAAAUGUGCAGGUUUGAAACCCCCUCAAGUUUUUUCUUUUUGUUCUUUGUACUAUUGCUAUGGAAUCAAGCCUCUUUUUUUGACUAAUGAUUGGAGUAAGAUUUGGCUGUUUGAGCAAAAUGCAUUCAUAGCUGAGAAAAAAAUAAAUGAAUAAAAAGGGGAGAAAAAUCACAUUGUUCUGUAGAUGUUUGGAAAACAUUUCAAUUUCUUUUUUUUAAUUAAACUUUGCGACUAAGUGUCAUUUAGUGAUAGUAGCACAUACAUUACAAUGAAAGCUAAGAUUUUCAUUCAUGCCCGUGACCAUCUAGCGAUACAUUGCAGCGCGGUGAAUAUCUGUGGUGUUUUUGUGUGACACAGUUUUGAGAGGAAGGGGUACAGCAAGUCUGUUUGGGCAUACCGCAGGGUGUGACUUUAUGUAGUUGCUUCCUUGGUUCCCCCUGUCCAAAUUAAAGCUUGACACUGGCUAAACAUUGCCUCCCAGCCCAUGAGAUAUUUGAAAUGUCAACAAAGGCUAGUGACGCUAAAGGAGGUGUCUAUACACUCCUUCUUGGUUAUUCAUGCACACUCAGGACAAAUAAAGCUUUUGACAAAGUUUAUUUUCAUACAGGAGCAAUGAAUGACACAAACUAUGCUGAUAUUCUAACUGGACUAUCUGCUGCUAAACAUCUUUGUUUGUUAGUGUUGGGAACAAAUGUUAGCUUUGAAUGGGGAAUGAGUGUACACACACAGAUACUCACUCAACUGCCACUCACUCUUUGCUUUUCAUGUAUCGAGGGGAAAGCUGGCCUUUGCUUUUCACUGUUGUUUCCCCCCUUUUAUAUGGUCAAAAGAUAAAAAGCUAUUGAAAAGUGAAUUGGCUUGUGCAGAAGAGCAUUUUCAGAACUCAGACAUGCAGAUUUGAAACAACAAUGCCUAAGUGAGAUGGGGGUGGGGGGUAGGAGAAGGAGGAGUAGAGGCAAAAAAGAGGGGAAGGGAGUAUGUGGCACUACUGGGAUAUAGCUGUGCCAGUUUGUGGUGUGUGGGGUGCACAUUAGCACAAUGAGAAUGAUGGUAUCUACUUGUACAAUAGGUGAACAACAUGUGAUUGGGGCCAAAAUCAUAACUGUAACUGCAUUAUGAAUCUACUCCUGUAACUGGAUAUAUUACUGAAAAAUAAAGAACCUGGAACAAUCGGAAGAAAAA